GUGUGUGGAUGAGCGUGGACGCUGAGGUCGCCCAGCAGAGCCAAAAGGACUAAUUUCCACCACCGCCGCCAUGGGGUGAGUACAAAACUUGAGCGAGAAUGGGGGCUGUCGAAAUAGACAGACCGCAACCGCAGCUAUCCAUGAUGGAGUUUCCCAUGUGUUUGUGUGAGUGUGUGAGGGAGUGAGUUUUAAGUUUCCAGAGAGUGUGAGGGAGAGUGACGAAGCGAAAAGUGCUCUUUCAGGGAGAGCCGGUGUGUGUUUUUGUUGCUGUAAUUGGCUGCAUAAUGGAACAAUCUAAGUGUAAUUCCUUCUGAGCAAGACUUUUACACCACACAGAAAGUAAAUUGCAGCUGGCGAAUGUAAAAACCCACAACUUAAGGAGUACUGUUGGUGCAAAAAGUUCCACCAAAGCCUCUUUUUCCCUCCAUUUAUGUCUGAACGAUUUAUCCCCAGAGUGCCCCACUGAGCGUGUUAACUCUCACACGUCGACCCCUCCUCUGCGAUGAUUCCUCAUGUGACGCCCACAGAGGAAGCAUAAACAAACACAGGCCGAGAUUAAAAAAAAGAAAAAAGUGGGCUUGGAUCCCACUGUCCGGCUUCUAGCAGGACCAGUCCCAUGGAGGUCAUGGGACUUGAAGGCUGAAUCUGGAGAUUCCUCCUCACCUUUGACCUCCUGUUUCUGAGAGAUAGGACUAUUGGGACAUGCCGGGUCAGCUGAGGGGAGCAGAGACUUUGGAGGGGUGCAGACUGGUCAGUUUUCUGUCAUACCUGUUGUUCUGUCACAUGUGCUUUAGGUUUCUUUUUCACCUGUUUGAGAUCAUUAUUUUGCACAAAAAAUGCAAUCAAUCAAUCAACUUUGCAUGCUUAAAAAGAGCAGGUUUGACAUUUUUGUAGACAUCUAAGACUCUCAAAACAGGCUUGCUACUUUAUCCUUGUGCAUGUAAGAAGAAUAAGUAAUUUCACCUUUACAGCACACUUAGAUUUAAAAGUUUGUAACAGGCUCUGACAAAUAUCAAAACAGCCAACAGUAAGGAACGAAACAUGGUGAAAUGCUUUGAGACGUUCAUAUGUAAAGUCAAAAAUAAAGUUCAGUCAAAAGGAAUGAAGUAAGAAAAAAGCAGAGAAGACAAAAGUUCGAAGAGUUUGAGCGAUUAAAAAGUACAACUUGUCUCAUGUAUUUGCAGAGCUGCCUGCUCCACUCCUCGCACACUCGCAGUCGAAUCAGAUGGGAAAGUAACUUGGGUGCAUGGAUUCUGAUAAUACGUGUUAGUCCACACCACAUGCCAUUGAGAUAUAAUGACCAAAACGACGUCAAAAUGUACUUAAAACAAAUGAAAAGACAAGAUUUAGAGUGAGGUCCAGACCUGAAGGCUAAAAAGCUGAUUCUCCUGACGGCCUCAAAGCAGAUUCAGAAGGAUAUGCUUCAGACACAAUUAAUCUGACUUUAAAAAAAAAGAAAAAAAAGAAAAAAGGUUUCUUUUCUUGAAGACAAACCCAACAAAGCUCGACUUUUUACAAAUCUGCAUUUAGUAGCUUUGCAGUGGCACACUCUAAUGCCAAGAUCAUACUUGUGAAUGAAAGGCGAUGUAAUGCUGUAAAUGUUCCUGUUGAUGCCUGUAACAUAACCUGUGAUGUGGCUGUGUGUUACAGAACCUUAUAAGAAGGAUUGCACCUAUUUUUGCUGCGCUCACCUACACAUUGAUUCCUGCGUUCACCUCUGUCUGCAUCUUAAUGUUAUUGUAGCAAUGGCAAUUAAAUAACUUUUUCGUGGUUUGCACUGCUAAAACGACAGUAAAGCCUCUAUGUUACUUAGUAUUUGCAGUGAAACAGAUGAACAGCUGACACAAUGAGACAUAAUGAGCCAAGAAAUAAUAGCGUUACUUUUAUGGACAUCUGCAGAGGUAAAUUUUGUUUCCGUUCAGACCGCACACUGCUAACUGGAGUGUAAACAAUGCAGCACACAGCAAAAGUCGGCCGUCUUUACUGGAAGCAUUUCUCGCUGUCAGUUGGCUCCAAGGUUGGCUUUGUGCAAAAGCAGGGGAAACUUUUUACUUCCAUGCAUCAAGUUUGUUUCAGAGUCUGUACUUUUCUGUUUUAUUUCAGUGAAGCAGUCAGAGCUCCUCUUUUUCUGCAGACGCGUCUGUACCCCUGCUUGAUUAAAGACUGUGUUUACUUCACCACUUUUGUUGAUCAGCAUCUCAAGUCGUCAGCCACCUGAGCUGAAGGAUGAGUUCGUCCUGACUAUAUAAGGCCUCUUUCCCUCUCUUCUCCAUCUGCGCUCUCGCUCCUCGUCUUGUAAUCUGGCCCGCAGAUCAGAACAGUGUAAAUAUCUUGAGGGGCCUUUUCGCUUUGUUUUUACCACAGAGGAUCAGAGAUGUUUAUUUGCAGAGUUUUUUUAAAAUGAUGUGGGAAGUGGAUGGCAUGUAGCACCAAGGCCUGGUUUAGCUCAAGGUCUUGAUGUGUGCUCAGUGGAGGAAUUAGAGGUUUAGUGGGAAAUGAGGCAGAGCUGUUAAAUUUCUGGAAACUAUUACGAGUAAAUCCUCAUUCUUACAUCAAAAGUCCAUCGGCUUAGUUUGAAUUUAGCUUUGUUUGAAACAGACGGAAAGCUGCAAUUACCAGUUUAUGAGCGACAAAACUUCAGUCUGUGGUUGAAGGCUGCUGCAGCCAAUAUUUCAGUUAUUCCUCAUCGAUUAAAUGUUAUAUGACUUUCGUUGAGUGCAAUGACAAAUCCACAAAGAAAUAUCACCAAAAACUUCAGCUCUCUGACAGUUUUGAAGUUGUGGUUUGGAGGCUUUCAGCUCUUUGUUUUGGUUGAACAAUCUGAAAAAGUACUGCUGAAGUUUACUGCUUUAAAAAGAACUAUUUUAGGCGGCUUACUUUGGCUAAAAACAUCCAAGAAAUCCACCAAAGACUUCUUACUCAGAGCUGAGCAGCAGGAAGACAAAAUUAGCAGCCAAGAACUGGAAAAAGGGAAAACCAAUCUGUUAAACUGGGGAACAAUGGUGGCCAGAAAUAAGACUCUAAAUGUGUGCUACUAAUGCUCGCUGAAGGGCUGUGAUUAUGUUAAGGCUAUAUUCAGACGGAAAAUAAUGCAAAGAAAAUAUAUUGGACUUUAAAAAUGAACAAAAAUGAUGGUUUUAUAAAACCCAUCCCCAUAUGCCCAUUUUAUACAAUCUUAACUUUAUGGAACAAGAAAUGACUGGAGAAAGGCAAGAGACCGGCCUGUUCUACAGUGUUGAGGUCUUUAGGCCCUAUCUCCACUAGCAGCUUUGUGUGUGUGUGCAAACAGCAACACCUUAAUUUCAAGACACUUCUUACAGACUUCAUAUCAAUGAUUACGUUGACUGGUUCCACAUCCACCAUAGUUGUUGACAAAUGUUGCGUUCCAGUUACCUCGGAAGUCGGAUGUCGGACACCUGAGUUUAAAGCGUUCCAGUAAACAAGUCGCAAAACCAAGAUGAACACCGACUGUUAGCUGUGGUUAGCUGUUGUUUACAAUUGUCAGCUGUUGUUAGUUGUUGUUAGCUAUACCAGUUGUAAACAAUGCAUAAGACAGUAUUUUACUCUUACAAGCACCAUAGCACCGUGUUUACAAUUAGACAAUGGGCAAGUCAACAUAUACCACUCAUUUAAUUUCGCAAAAACAAAACAGAAGUUCUAAUAAAUAAUACAUUACGAGAGCGUUCACUGUUACUCUUUACUGAUGAUGCACGGCGCUGCCAUCUUGGAUUAUGAAAUUGUCGUCAAGCUGGGGUUGGCGAGGAUCGUCCGACUAUCCGAGUCCGAAGUCUGACUUCAGGGGAGCGUUCCAGAUGAAUUUCUGACUCGGAAAUCCUGCAGCAAAAGUUCUUCAAAGAAGUCCCGCCCCUUCUUGAUUUUGAUUGGCUGGUGUAAGAGAAGCAAAAUCAAUGUAUUCCAGCAGGUUAGGUAUUUCCAACUGACUCAGUCAUCAACUAGGUCCUGAGUGUAGCCUGCCCCUUACCCAAUGACCCAGCCCCCCAUGAAUGAGAUAGGUGGUAUAGAUGAUAGAUGGAUGGAGCACUUUGUGGAUGCAGAAAGGAAAGGAAACAAGUGAUGCCAUGUUGUUUUUUGCAGCAGGCACUGAGCCGCACUGAGAAUAGGCCCUGACAGCACAAAAUCGGUGAGAGAAGGAACAGGCCCUUGCACAUGCGAUGUAAUGAUGUAAACGAGUGAAAUUGACCAUAUGAGCAAAGAAAGACUAAAAAAUGUAAUUUUACUGAGAUAUAAUGUGUUUAGAUCGACUCUAUAUUAAGGCUUUGUAACAUGGGGGUCUGAAGGGACUGACUCACUUUUGCAUUUGACCUCAAGUGGCCACUUGAAGUUUUGCACACUCUAGCAGGCUGAUAAUGUUUUGUUUGUUGCUUUAUUAGUAUUCAUGUGAAACAAAAAUCAAUAAAUGCUGCAAACAGUUUUACAGACCAUCUCUUACUGCCGCAGUUCUAACCCCUGAUUGGAUAUAAACACUGUGGCUGGUCACGUCUGUUUACACAGGGUUAUAUUUGCUCUUUCUGCAGCAGGAGAAAACCCUUCUGGGUGUAACGCUUUGAUUAAUGGCUGUGCUCCUCUGCAAGAUUUGGAUUAGGCCUGUGAGCCCCGCUUCAAAGUUAUUGCUUUAUAAUGGGAACAUGUAAGCAAAGGCCAUAUGCUUUUCAUCACUCCACAAAUAACAAUUACAUAAUGAAAUGAAGAAACAGAGCAGGAUCAAAGAUGUGAAUGCAGAAGGGGAUGUUUGGAGACGGGGGAGUGUGUUCAUAAAUCUGUGUGUUUGUUGUUCGGUUCACAUUCCCUCUUUCUUCUUCGUCCUUUCCAUGUUUUCUUGACAUUUGAUGUGUCUACUUGGUUUCUUUUGAGGUUUGUGAGUCACUUAUUCCCUCUGGAGUGACAGUGAUAAAGCCAAGUUACUAUUGUGUUCAUGUGAACAUUUCUAUUUCAGGAUGCAAGUUACUCACAGCCAUUCUUCAGAUAAAAAUAAAGCCCAAAAAUUAGAUAAGAAGUAGCAGAAAAAGUAGAAGAGUGGGCGUAAUAAAGGGAACAGAUGUGGAAACGCUCUUUUCUGCUUCAUUUAGCUCUUAGAGAUCCAGCAAAUAUGGCAGACUGACCUGGAAACCACUCUGAAAGUGCUGGUUUUUACUGCGUUUUGAGAUCGAUACUCAGAGGAACAAAGAUUGCGUUUUCACGCCUGUCUAACACCUUCACACCUUUGCAAAACCUCAUGUCUGAAACUCCCUCUUUCCUCCAAGGUGCCCGUCAGGAGCUUUAAUAUCACCAGCUGGCUAAUGCGCUGAAUCUAGGACACGUUUCCACCACAGAGGUGAAGAGUCAGCCAGCCGACCGGCGCCUCAGCGUUUAUGUGAGCCAGGGAAUCGACUCAAUAAAUCUGUGAAUGGGAGAGAAUAAACAGAUUCAGGUCCACAGAGGGAAGCUGAGUUAUUUGACCGUUUAUUUUAGCCGAGGCCAGAGCUCGCUCACACCUGCUGUACAUCACUGAUAAUAAGAGUUUUCCAGGCGUGUGUGCAGAGAUCAGAAAGACAAGCCAGGCUGCUUAAUAAGAUCCUCCAUCUCUCAGUUUGUAUUCAAAUCAUCGAGCCAUAUCCAGCUGAAAUCUGUCUCCAUGAAAAUUGUGAUCAGUCAAAAUCUGACUUUAAAUGUUUGGAUGAGAUACAGUUUGAUGGAGCUGAGAGUGACAACAGAGCAUGGACUUAGUCUCAGUGGCUGGAUCAUUAACCAGCAGGGGGCGACGUGAAAAGAAACCCACUUGUAAAGAAUCUAGAUGAAAACAAGCCUACUUUUCACAGGAUUUACUCCCUUAUUAAAUUGUUUACUGAUGAAUUUAUGGUCUCUGUAUAUCUUGGACUAGCUUGGACUAGGUUCUGCUGUUUAGUCCUUCCAAGCUUUUCCUACUUGUUGUCCAGUUACAGUUGUUUCUGGAUCUAAAUGACGGAGAAUAUGACCACCAAAUAAAUGUCUCCUAAUAAAAAGUGUGCGGAUGGAGGAACAAGGGUGUCACCUCUAAAUGUGGUUAUAUUAUAUUAUCUUUAUUAAAGGUGGGGUAGGCAGGAUUCCAUUAAAAGAAGCAUCUUUUUUGUGGUGUAUAUACAAAAAAGCUUUAAUAUCAGUCAAUAGCUAUUAGUUAUUGAUGACAUUUGGUAAUAUAACGAUAUCGCUGUGUUUUGCUUUGUCUGUGUAGUCAACAUUUUAAAUUUUUUGAGCGGCCCGCUCUUUCUGACUGUAAACAAAGCCAUUCUCCACCUUCCCCUGACCUGAUUGGUAGUGAGGCGGAUGCUGCUCCUUAGUGCUGAUUGGUUGUGAGGCAGAUGCUGCUCCCUCGUGUUGUGAGGCAUGCUCCACGCCUUCCAAUAAUGUGCACUAGCCCAAACAAAGUUAACGUGCUACAACAUCGGACAGUAGAAACCAACCAGAAAGUACUGAAAACACAAGCAAUAAAACAAAGUAAAUACUGGAGACUGUGGCGGAAUUAAGGGGGCACUUAAAACGGAGGUAGACCGAACAAGAGCUAAGAAGCCAGGUCAACAUCAGCAUAAACGAUGGGUCUAUGGAUCUUACAGACUCUGUAACCUUUCUACUGGACAGGUAAACUGCUUUAACAAAGUAAGCCAAUUGUCUGUAUCAAAAGUGUUUCUUGUUAAACUGUUUACCUCGGGUCCUGGAGUAUGUCACUUUAUGCUAGUUUUAGAAGUCAAACAUUGUGUUUGCUGGUAGUCUGUUGGCAUCUACAGUAGCACCAAUGCUUUUUACUUUCAUGUUGACUGGGCCCCAUUUGUAAUUAUCUGAAGUAUUUAUUUGCAGUAUAUCUGAAUUUAAUUGAAAUGAUACUCGAGCAAGCAGGAGCGUCUGUUUGUGGGAGGGGCUUUCUGGAGCAGAGAGGGAGGGGAGAGGAGGAGCUGAGGGGAAAACUGGUUGGGAGGGGUCGUGUUUACAGUCAAGAUUUCUCCCCAAAAACUGGCACUUCCUCAGAUCCUGCAUACCCCACAUUUAGCUUUAGAAAUCAUAUAAUAGCAACCACACGUCCUUCUUCCUAUUUCACUAUCCGAGUUUCGCCCGUCCACAGCUGCCUCCCCCGGCUGACCGUCAGCAUCCAGAGCAGACCUCCCCGUGCAGGGAUGACUCUGAUUGAUACACGCAGCCCCUGCCCUACCCCGAGACUGUUACCUAACACCUACUGCUGGCUAUUCAUCAGCAGGCUGCUACACAGCGGCUAAUCCAGUUAGCACAGGAGCUCACUGAGGUAGCAGAGUGCAGGGGUGUUUAUUUUCCUCUAAUAAAAUGCUGCAGUGAUAUAUCCUCUCUGUGAACAGUUUUCUCAACAAAGCAGCUUUUUCAUUUUAGGAACGAAGUUUGACUUCAUUUCGUCAGCCUCAUUUUGACACAUUUUAUACUCUGCGUGUUUUUGCUGAGUGGUGCAGUGCUGUAAUUCCUCCUGUCCUCUGUGUAACUUCUCCUUUCAUCAGACUUUUUUGUGCAUUGUCCUUGAGUAUUCCUCCACUUGAAGGAUCUUAAUGAAAAGAAGUGUUUGCAUUUUAAUGAGGUUGAAUAUGCAGGAAUAUUUGAUGAAAAUACGAUAAAGGAGACGGAGGGUUUGAGCUAAAGACUGAGGGUUAUUGUAAAUGUCACAUCAGUGACGCUGCUGUAACUCUAACCUCAUUAGUAAUCAGUGUGUCUGUCAAAGGUCUUUUCUUGCUCUCUGCUUUACAGACUGAAGUUCGCGUCUCCUCACAGUGAUCUGACUGAUUAUCUGCCUGUUUCAGAGCUUAAUAGAAGAUAAAAUUCACAGCUGCCAGAUAGUAAUUUACCCCUGACUUCCAGACUAACAUUAUGAACUAUAUGCUAUGAAUAAAAACCAUCAAUAGAGCUUUAUAUUAGACCAACAGAUUUUUUCAACUGCUGGGUAUUUUUGAUAUAUAUUCAUAAACUGGAGAUAUGUAAAGCAGUUUGAAAUUAAAUUAAUAAAUAAUCUUAAAAAAAACUUAAAUUUCGAGUCUUCUCAAUAACAAAGUGGCAGCCUCUAUUGUUAGUAAAUGAAGGCAAGGCUGAGGUGCGAAAAACUGUAGUUCCUUUAUCGCCCACUAGUGGCUGUUUGCAAACGCAGCGAUUCCAACUAAGCCUUAUUUAAUUAGUUAAGCUUAACUUUACAACAGAAAUAAGAGACUGGCUCUGAAAUAUUGGAUUAAGGUACAACUUUUUUGUUGACUCCAAGUUAUAUUUGCAAAUUUAUGAACAGGUUAUUGCUUGUUAGCAUCAUUCAGUCAGCUAAAAGAUAAAUUCAGUCUACCCAAGUUGUAUUUUUGUCACUUUUAAAAAUUCAGCACUUAAUACCCUCCCACUGGAGCGUCCCUUUCUCCAUAUUUUAAACAACAUAUCAGGCAUCUUCUUUCUAAAUUUAUGUGUUUGGCAAAGUUCAUUGUCCUUGUUCUACUGUCUUAACAUUAAAUAACGAUAAAUAUUUUUCAGGAAGUGGUGAAAACUACAAAACAGGACAAAAUUAUAUAAUAAUUAGAGGCAAAUUUCGAAAUGAAAUGUUCUUAAAACAGUCAGAACAACGAGACAGACAUUUGGCAAACUUGUCUACAUAUCAAAAAGUGGAUCCUUGGGUUUGGUCCCCUAGUGGGUAGUGGAGGUACUGCAAAUUGACAACAAGAAGUCAUUACUAAAAUCUAAAGUCAACUUUACAAUUUUUCAAAAAUGCACUUUUGCUCAGUUUUAUAUGUUAUAAAACUAUUAAAGAAUAUUAAAGGUCUAAAGAUUCAUUUGCACUCUGAAUUAGAUUUUUUUUUAAUGCAAUAAAAUCAUAUUGAGGAUUACUUAAACAUGGUCACCAAUGUUGAUUAGUUGUAUAAUCUAAGGGUUGUGGUAUGUCCUGCCCAUAGUUGUGUCAUGUCUGCAAACAGUGCAAAAUAAACAGGCUUUCUUAAUGUGAAACAAAUGCUUGGGUCAGAUUUUCUCAAAGUUAGACCUUUAGCAUCAAAGGGGCUGAACUGACUGGCAUCUUAUUGGAGCUAUUAUACUUACUAGGGACAUAAAUUUAAUAAUAAAAUAAAAAAUAAAAAAACAGAAAUACCCCUUCAAUCUUGACUGUUCAUGCAUGAGUAUUAUUACAAAAACUGUUGAUUAAAUAGUAUUUGAGUUUGUUUUACUAAUUAUCUGUAGAGUUAAACAAAACAGGAGAAUCUGAGGCGUUUCAUUUGCAGUUAUUGAUACUGUCACUAGGGGGUGCCAAAGCUCUGAUUUUUUUUUUCUGAAUAUUUCUCAAAUGGUAGCUUUAAACUCAUCUUUUCAUCACAAAUCCAAGUUUUCCUGCAGUAUUUAUGUAGACCAUAAUUCUAUAAGUAAAAAAUGUGUUUGGGGGCUUACUGGACUAGGUACCUCUCACCUGCUCUGAGCCUCCUCUUGGUGACGUGACUUCUGUAAUUAUUGACCAGGGAACAUGUGGCUGAGCUGUUUGUACGGAUCAGACCUGCACGGACACAAGAGCAUCAUGGGACUUACACAGAGAGUGUGCAGUAUGCAUGUGUGUGGAGGUUAGAGAGCAAACACCAUCUGAGCACAACCCUAGGGCAUCACACACACACACACAUACAAACAGCUUUAAUGAGUGUGUUUCCACUCAACGCUGAUUUUUCCCCCACAGUGUUUCCACAGGAUUAUUUUCCAUGCACACACAUUCGCCAUGUUUCUGAGAAGCAGCACACCUGAUAAAGGUAAAAGUCAGACUCAGAAAGAGGAAAAUAAAGAUAUUAGAAAGGUGUCUUUGCCUGAGUUAGUUUGAUGUUUGAUGACUCAUGUUUGGUUAUGGUCUGCAUUGAUGUGAAAUGAAUCAGCACUUCUCUAACAAUGUGACACAGUUAACCAUUUCUUCAUCUGAAUGUUAUGUCUGCUUUGUUUGCACCCAGACUUGUUUUUAAAACUAGGCAAAAGUACUUAAAAUGCAUUUUAAAGACAACUGAAAGAAAUACUGUUUUGCAAAUUACUGGAAGACCCGAUUCCAGAUCAUCUGCAGAGGUUUGACUGUGCACGCAGGGAGGCCUGCCAGUAAGGAGUUGCAGUGGUCAAUGUGAGUCUGUACCAGGAGCUGUGUUGUGUGCUCUGCCAGGUGGGGUCUGAUCCUUCUGAUGUUACAGACGGAAGGUGGUGAUUGUUAAUUUCCAUCUUAGAGUGUUCUGAUGAAAUAUCUCAUACUGCUGUCUUUUAACAGUCAAAUAUAUCAUAUAUCACGAAUAUUCAAAUGAUUAUAGAAAAAACAGGGCUGCCAUAUCAGCUGCUUAGCUGCUACCUGUCCCCUCAAACAUUACCAUUUAGUUUUGAAAACUACAAUAUGAAGAUCUUCAAUCUUGUUGCUGAGGAUCUAGUUUUAGGGUGACCAUAUUCUGAUUCCCCAAAAAGAGGACACUACCACACAGGGCGGAGUCGCACAUAAUAUACUUUGAGGGUUUUUCGGGUCAAGUCUAGUGUUUUUUAUGUGCUUCUAAUUCAGUUAGUUCAUGCUACACAAGCUCAAAACUUUCAUACAAAACUCCAGACAUUUGAAGGAUUUUGUAAACUCCCUCGGACAAAGCUGGACAAGGCUGGACAGCCCCCCAAAAAGAGGACAUGUCCGGGUAAAGGAGGACGUAUGGUCACCCUACUAGUUUGCUUUGCAGAUCAUGAAAUCUCAUCACUGUUAAUUUUAGGGAAUUUUAGUGGUGAAAAAUCUCUCCGAGAAGCUUCAGUAACUCGUGCAUUUUGAUGCCGUGAAAGCUGAGAGUUGUGCAUAAUCAGGCAUAAGUGGGGGCGGGGUUAAUUUGGCUGACAGGUGAGCCUAAAGUAGCCUGCCUCAACCCAUGUUUUUAACAAUAGUUCACACCAGCUCUGUUCAAAAAGUGGGCACAAUGGUGGAGCAUGAAGUUUUCCUAACAUCUUAACACUGCUUGUUCGUACCAAAAUGCCAUUAAAAAUUGGAUCAAACUGGAGACGGUUUUCAUUUUUCCAGAGCAGUCUGGUCUGUAUGUCAGCUUCGUCAUCCUUUCACGGAUUAAAGUCCGUCAUUGUUUUUGUAGGAGUGUUUCUAAGGACUACAGACACAGCAAACCUCAGCGUCUGGCAGGUACAGCUACAGUACAUGCUUAGUUUAAUAAUCACAUCUGUCUAAGUUCCUUACCUCAUAUUCCUCUAGGAAUUUACUUCAUCAUAUUUCCACAUUAUCCACAGAAGAAGAAACAUCAUUUCCCUUCCAAAUUAGGAAAAAAGAUGGCUGUGACGGCUCCUUUCUCAGAUUACCUGACAGAAUGCAGAGUUAUAAAUGAGAUCACUGACAAACAACGCAGUGAAACGAGAGAGGAAAUCUCUGCACAUCACCAUGCAGGCAGAUAGAUGCAUCCCAGAUGGGCCCAACAAAUGUGAGUCUAUCUGAGCUGAAUAAUACAGUCCUUUAUGACUGUGGAAACUGCCAUAAAUCUGUUCGGUUAUUGAGGGGAGCAUCUGUCAUAUGAGAUAGAUAAACAGAGAACUGAGAGCAUUUCUGGAGCCAAAGACCUCUCAGAGACUCAUGGUUGCUAGGAUGGCAUUGUUUUCUGACAUAUUUGAGGCAGUUGGAAAUCACGCUGAACAUCCAACAAUGUCAAAGCAAACAAUAGACUCCCUAAACUUUAAAUGGAAUGGUUUAAUUCAAGAUGAGCCUCGAAAUUAACAGGAAUGCACAAACAAGUUUACUCACUGAAUGGUUUCAGGCUAAAAAUCAUUCGAAUUUUUCGAAAAGAGGCCAGGAAAGAAAAAUUGCAACCCACCCUGACCCUUCAAAGUUGUAGAGCUGAAUUUUCCCUGCAACUUGGAUUUCACAACAAAAAGCAUUCAAGUUUUGAAUUUGAUGCAAACUUUGUCUGAUUUUGCUGAAAGUAUAUUAGAAAUAUUGUUUUCUGACACCAGGCUGCAGGUUUGUCUCCGAACAGAAUCUGCUCAGCCCUAAAUCAAAUCAUGGUGUCUUUAAUUCACAAUAAAUCCCACUUAUCAAGAUUGAACCUGAAUCAUGAUGUUCUUGCUCAAAACUCCAUGAUUACAGCAGGUGGAUCUGUUGACAAAGCUUGAAAUAUCAUGACUAAAUCCCUACCUGAGACAAAUACUGUUAAAAGACUCGGCUAUGAUAAAUAUGCAAACUCCUAAAAGCUGAGAAAAGAAAGUUUGCUCAUCAACAUUUCUCAGUUUGUAACUUUUGGACAUGCAACAAAAAUAAACGUCAUAAAAGUGUCACAAAGCAGAUGUUUUUUCUUGAUUUAACUUUAGCUGCAUUGGGUUUAAAGCUACUGUGGGGAGUUUUUCAUAUGUACAAAAUAGACUGAAAUUAAUUCUGAUGCCUUUUUAUGAUAUCGAAAAACAAUGCAGACCAUCAGGGGAAAGAGUGAUGACUUGUAUUCUAUUAUUUUUAAUGCUUGAAACUGGUGUGAGGAGGUAGUCGCCAGCCAAACUGCCGAAUAAAACAUCCUGUUUUAACAAUUUUCAGGUUAAAUAUUCACAAUACAUGAAAAAUUUGACAAUCAUAAACCAGUAGGACCAGUUUUUUUUUUGUCAAAACACUCCACUUCAGCUUUUACAGAUAAGGAAAGACUGUGUUGAGCCAAAAUGAACAUAAACUAAAAGUUACUUACAGGAGCUUUGAUUGACUUCUUAUCUUCAACAUAAAACUUGACCGUAAUAUUUGGAAUAAUAACACCUUAUUUUCUUUUAAUAGGUCAUGUGGAGAUCAGGGACUUUGUGUUGAACUACCCCUAACUAAACAUAGCUCUGCUUGUACUUAACUUCCAGCUAAAAAUACAAACAAACAGCUAAUUUUUUAAUAUGAUUUUAAUUCAAAAAUUAUUAAUUUGUGCAACACUCCUAAACAGUUGGUAGCAAUGGAGCUCUUAUCAGCAUAUUUAAGGGUCAAAUUAACAUUAAACUUCACAUUUUUAUUCACUACAGAGUCUUAACAUUGAUCUAAUCUAGCAGAUAAUAACAAAGGCACCUGUAAAUUUUUUCUAAUUCAGUCUGUUCUGUAACUCUGCCAGAGUUCAUACAGUUACCUUGUUUAUGGUGGCUUUGUGUCUGUCUGUUCUCUUCAGUGCAAAACUGCCAAACUAUUUGAACAAGUACUGAAUUACCUUUAUGAUAACACAAGAUAUCAAACUUAGCAGGAAUUUGUCAACAGGAAGCGGACACAUUAACUGUAUCAGAGAGUGUGACGUGAUGUCUGGUUGUCCCUGGUGUUGCUCUUGCUAUACAGAAUCAAUUAACAUUAUAAUGGGGAUUUUGACCAAUCAGAAUCAAGUAUUUCACACACACUCAGAGAUCUUUUAUGGAUUGACAAUGAAUAUUUAGGUGCUUAGUCCUGCUGGUAAACAAUUGCAUGGUAAAAGAUUUCAGCCAUAGUACAUGAAGCAUAAAGUAGGUUUUAUCUCUGCAUGUAAAAAAACACGUGCCUUUAUGAACAAAUUCUUUUUAAUUCAACCACAAAGAUGAGGAGGCUGCAAAUUCACCUCAGGGGAAAUGUUCCUCACUGAGAUUGCUUUGUAACUGAAGGUUGAGCUUUCAUUUUAUUAUUAAGUUUUUCAUUUAUUUUCACUCUGCUGUGUCAAAGCUGUUCGAGUUGAAGAAGAAUGAGAAUGAAAGGGAAUGAUUCAUAUUUUCUAUGAACAGAUUUACUUUCUCUUGUCUUCUUUGAGGCGUUCAGGAAAUUGCAUUUCUCUCUCAGGGAUUGGGAGCGUCAGCAGUGACCUCUUCUUUUUAUCUGCUGCAUUCAAACUCCCUCAAACUGCUUUGUGUGUUUGAAAUAAACGAAUUCAGUGUACUUUGUUUUUGGUAGUUUCAGUCAGCAGAUUGGUGAGAGUUCUGCUUUCCAGCACAGACUGAAGGCUUCAGGACAGAUUAUGUCAUUUAACUUGAAUGCUGUUGAAGGCAUUCAAACUAUUUCAUCGACAACAAACUUCCUUUUCAGCUGGCUCCUGCUCUCUCUUCCUCUGAGAUUUAUUCAUGUUGUCCUCGCUCUGCGCUGACACUGUGCAGGCCGCUCGUCUGUUUCCCCUCAAACAUUCGCAGGGAUAGAAUGAAGCUUUCAAACAAAACUGCUCAAAAACAGCUCUGUUUAGAGGAGGAAUUUUAUCUCCUAAAACUUCAGAGUUUUGGAGAUGUAACGCUGCACAGCAAAGCUAUGCCAUAUUGUGCUGCAGAGCAUUUAGACUUGAAGCUUGUGCAAAGAAGACUCUUAAAUUUCAUCAUCAGAGCAGGUUUUCUGUGGCAGCACUCUUCUUUAGGUGCAGCUGAUGGUCGGCUCAGGGUUUAUUUCCUCGCUCCGUGUUUCAGACUUGUUUGCAGAGCGGCUCCAGACGGAAAAGCCUGAGGGCAAAGUCCACUGACACAGCAAAGAAUGAGCAGAAAUAUCCCCACAUUAAUGAGUUACAUAAUGCAUGACUGUGCACAUGUGUGUGUGGACAGUUUCUUGAUGUGUGUGCAUGUUUGGGACGUUUUAUAAACCUUUAGUGACUUAAAGUACUUUUGCAUAGAAUUCAAAUAAAGGCUUAUAUUGUGUUUAAUUUUGCAGCGUAAACAUGUAUAUUCUUACAUUUUGUAUUUCUUUGCAUAGUUGUUCUUAUUUCUUUGACAACUUUCUGAGUGUCUGUGAGACUUUGUUUGCAUAUUAGGCUAUCAAAGGAGAUGAACAUGCACCAUCCCAUAUUAGCUACAAAGGAGAUGAACACGCACCAUCUCAUAUUAGCUAACAAAGAAGAUAAACACGCACCAUCCUAUAUUAGCUAACAAAGGAGAGAGCGCAUCAUCCCAUAUAAGCUUACAUAGGAGAUAAACAUGCACUAUCCAAUAACAGCUAACAUAGGAGAUAAACACACACCAUCCUAUAUUAUCUAACAAAGGAGAUGAACGCGCACCAUCCUAUAAUUAGCGACGAAGGAAAUGCACACGCACCAUCCAGUAUUAGCUAAUAAAGGAGAUAAACGCACACCAUUCUAUAUUACCUACAAAGAAAAUGAACUCGCAGUAUCCCAUAUUAGCUACAUUUCCACAACAGAGUAAGGAACUAUCAGACAAAUCAUGUCCAUUGUAGGUGCAAAGACCAGUUUCUUAAUAUUAUUGCAAGGAAAUUCUUUCAUCCAGUUCUUUCAAAUUUGCUGCUCCUUUUUAAAAUCUGAAGCCACAUUUGUUCCUCUAUCAUGCAGAGAUAUUAUUGUUUUAUAAUGUAAACAACCAGAUUUCUCUGUAUGCAUGUAACCACCAUAUCCUGAAUAUGAUCUUAACCAAUAUGAGGCUCAUCAUCAGGACCCUUAAGUCCAAGUCAACGCUCUCUGAAUUAUUAUUGACAAAUCAGGACAAAAGUGAGGUGAAUUUCACGAUUGUCUGGCUGCAUCAUUUGUCUGAGCUUUCCAAAAGUCAGUCCUGCAAACAUUAAACCCCCUGAUCUGACUCUGUUAUUACUUUUUUACAGAUAGGCACAAUAAGGACUUGGCAAAGCAUAUGGAAAAACAGUGUCAUGGUUUAAAAAUGCUGAUUAUAGUUAGAAAAAGGAAUGAGUAAUCGUCUCUCAGUCUGAUAUUUUCUCACUCCUUAUCAAAGUUAUACUUUUUAUUUCCACAAUAACUUAAACAUGUUAAGGCUUGUAUUCAGACUUAAACCAUAGUUUUUCUUUAAUAACAGUCUCCAACUCCCUUCAGAAACGGACUGAGAGAAACUGGACAGAGAGCUUGUGGGGACACUGUCUCUCUCUUAUCAAACAACACUCUGGAUAACACAGACAGACGCUCCUCUUAAAUCUGCAGGCAGCACUUCAAAUUUCCACUAACAGUCUGAAUGCAGAUAUUAUACAGAAGUGCUGUCUGUGUUUGAGACGCUAAAAAGAAUCUGUGAGCUAAAACCUAAGAGCAGAGCCGAAAACACUUUCAUGCCCAAAUAUGCAAAUAUAUAGUGUAAUUUUGUCCGAUAGUGCCUUGAUGAAUGCAUUACAAAAAAAUCAUCCUUAAAUGUGUAGGGAUUAAUGAAUGAGUUACAGAUCCAAACACUUUUUUGUACCAGGCUGUAAACCUGUUUAAGUUUGCUGAAAAAAUAGACAUUUUAACAUAGGAGUUAGUGGAGAUUCCAUAGCUUUCAUAGCCAGCCUCUAGUGGCCACUCGUGGUAUUGUUUUUUUGUUUUUUUGUUUGUUUUUUUUUUUUUUGGGGUGGUUUUCAAACCCAGAAGUUGCUUCUUAGUUUUGACUUUUUGGGGGCCAUAAUUUCAUUAAUCUCUUUUAAAGUCUAUGCUAUUAAUGAUUUUGUACAAUAUGAGGCUUGGUGAUAUAACAAGGUUUUAAACAGGACUGUUCUAGACUGGGACUAGAGUCAAUCUGGCUUUUAAACAUUGUUGCUGAAGUCCCAAAACUUUUCACAUUCUCACACAAAUAAAUACCGAGAUACCUUCUUUGCUCAUUUUCCUCACUGCUUGGUCAGUGUGACCUUGUUCGUCUGAUAAAUGAAGUCGUUCAUUAUGCCUCGGUCUGAUAACAGCAGAGGGACAAACAGAAGAGGAUCAGAGGGUCAGAUACUUGCAGGAGCCUCUUUUAGAGUUUGCUUUCAUGCAGCGCCUGCAGGCCCAGACUCUGCUGCAGCUCUCUUUCUGUAAACUCACAUCUUUUAUAACCUCACUAGAACAUAUCUGUUGUAGUUUAUGUGUGUUUUAUCCUGUGGGCUCAUUGUUUAGACAGAGCACAGGGGGAAGCUGAGAGAAACAGACAAGUUGUGACCAGCUUGCUUUAGAAAACACGAACAGAAACUUCAGGAGUCAAAGAGCCUGAGGGGGGAGCUUCAUGUGAGGGCAGCAGAGAGAGCAGAUACCUGAACUGACCUUUAACCACCUUUUUAUUCAUUGAGGAUGGUUUUUGUGGCACAUCCUGAAAAAGCCUUUUAGUAGACAAAAGUGCACUUUUUUCUGUCUUUGUACAAUCACAGGUAUUGUGAUACAAAGAUGCAAAAGCAUAAAUCCAUUUAAAACUGCAGGUGCAGCUCCAAAAAGCAAGAAUAUUAUGGGAUUUUUUAAACUAGAUAUUUGUAUUUUAAUCCCAAAAGAUAAACUUCAAAAGGAUCUAAACCAAAUUGACCACAUUUUGUUAAUUUAUCUAGUUGACUGACAACCGGUAACACAGUCACAAGUCUAAUGCAUCAUUACAAUAUACAAGAGUCCCACUCUGGCAUGAUGUCACAAGGCCACCUUUGGAAGACAGACAGUUUCUGAAUCUUCAGAAUACUUCUUCUUACCGCUCAGAAAAGACUUAAAAAUUCUGCAUGAAGAUUUUUUUUCCUUCAAUUCAAAGAACAUACAAAACCUCUUGUUAUUUGGCUUGGUUGCAAUAGUUUUGGCACUGUGGGCAGGUGCAGGAUCUUGAUGAAAAAGGAGGUCAUUGUAUGAUGGUCAGCAAACCAUUCCUGAAAGUUUUGGUGUUGUGGGCAGGCACUAGAUCCUGAUCAUAGACUGUAUAUAGAAUGGACAGAGUCUGCCUCCUCGCUGGGUGAAGCCACUCCGAGAACAGCACCCUCUAUUGAUGGGCUGCAGUAUAGGUCAUAAAUCCCACCUUCGCCAGCAAAGCUUAUGAGGCUGUGGACAAAUUUUAGAAAUUAAUUAUACAGAACAUAAAUUUUUUUCCCACCUGCUUGUGAUGUUGACAUGUAGUUAUUGUAAGACAGGUUUGUGCUCAAGUCCUCUUUUUUUCUGUGAAGCUCCGUUUUUAAAAGUUAUUAGGGGGUUCAUGUUUUCUUUGAUUGACACCUGAUACAGCCUAUGGGCGUUCAGGGAUUGCAUAGCUCUCCGGUGGGAUAUGCUCUUUGAGCCGAGCGUCAUCACAGCGACUCUCGGUGGCUGUGCGCCCGAAUGCACGCAUCACUACUGCACAGCGCUGGUUUCAGGAAUUGAAGAAAAAUCCCGGAAAUACCGAGAGCUUUUUGGCUUCAAAUCUGUAUACUGGUGGGAGGCAGAACCAAGUUGUCCAUAGUAUGUACAGUCUAUGAUCUUGAUGGAGAAGGAAACAAAAAAUGUGAAGGUCAGCAAAUGAUUUGAUGGAAGUUUGGGCGCUUUGAGCAGAUUCUCAGUCCUGCUGGAGAGGCAAAUCAGUGAGAUAAUGGUCGCCUGGUAGCAUUUAUUUAGUUGUUGAAAAGUCGCUAACUCAUCUGGACGACUGGAGCAAAUCACAACUUCCAUCAAACACACAUACUUAUUUUUGAGUCUAUAGUAUAAAAGAUUGUACAUAAAAUACCGUUAGAAGAGACACUUAGUCUGUCAUAAAUAAAAACAGGGAAACUUGGCACAGUAGAAAACUGUGUCUUAUACUGAGUUCUCCUCUUUCUCCAUCCUACCAUCAGUCUAGCUUGAGGCCUUCUUGUCUCUGAUUGGCUGAGCUGUGCUGUUAGUGGGAGGCUUGGUGAUGGGGGUGGGGGAUUUGGGAUGCUGCUGGAGGACUCCCCCCGGGACGACCCGCCACCAUCUGCCGGUAAGGUAACACCACCGGUGGGGGACGGGUGUCCAGCUGGAGGGGGAACCACUGGAGACCAGCACAGAGAGGCUGAAAACCAUUAGACAUUAUCAAUACCAGCCUCCAGAGCUCCUCCAGCUCUCUGAUUCACAGGACGGUGGAACAUUUAAUUACUGCUCGGGUUUGAUAUGAAUUGUUUAUUUUGAAUUAGUGGUAAUCACAGUUUACAGGCCAAACGCGGUCAAACUGGAUGAAUUAUUGAAUGAUUUCUUGAUGAGUUUUCAUCAAAGUGGGUUUUGAAUUUCAGUUUUCCUGCAUGAAAACUGUUCAGCGCUCCUAAAAAUACUCAUCACUAAAACUGCCGUAGCAUAUUUCUCACAGAUCAGAUUGACUUUGUUUGUGUCUGCUGUGAGAAAAUGGAGCCAUCUGCUUCUUUUUUGUGGAAUCAUAACAGCAGAAAGAGGCAAAAAGGUCUGCUUUUCAGCUGCUGUAAAUUGGCAUUGUAUAAACCAACUAUCUGAGUGGAGAUGAAUGAAAACCCUCUGUGUGCUCUGGUGUUAUUAAAUGUGCAUCGUGUUGUAAAAGCUGUGGUAAAUCAGUAUGCUGACUCUGUCAGUGGUGCUCAGCACAGGGUUUAUUUUUAACUUCAGGGAUGGUGCGCGUUCAUCUCCUUUGUUAUCCAACAAAAAAAGCUUUUUACUGCCGGAAAUCUGCACUUCAUCUGUUUCCAAGAGACUUCUGAGUUGGGCUCUGCUUUGGCAUAAGUUUCCUCUACACUACACUCUAGAUCAGGGUCAGUAACCUUUUAAGCUUCCCCCUCCUCUCCUCAAAAUAAGCUGCAAAACAUAUUCAGUGAAGGUAAGGUAGACUUUGAGGUCUCAGUCUGCAGAUAUGGUAGAUCUCAGUGAUGAUAAAGUUAUGCCAUCCUUAACUAGACUUAUCUAUCUACAUCUUCAGCAUCUGAACCUUUCCUGGUUUUUGGUCAGUCUUCCUUAUUUCUCCCCUAGUUUGAUUUACUUGUGGCCUUUUAUUGAAAUUCUCCAAAAUGCAAGCUUGACCACGCAUAGACAUCCAAAUCCAGUUCCAUCACAACCAGUUCUAACCAGUUUGAACCAUUGACACCAUUCACCUUGGUGCUCAACUGUUCCCCUCAUCGAUGACUUUCAGUCAGUUCUGCUUGCCUUGCAAAACAGUCACAUGACAGUCAGUGCAAAGGACAACCAAGGCUGUAAUAACGGUGGACAGAGGACAGGGACAGUCCAGAAUUAUGUCCUAUAUGACAUAUUAUUGUGUUGCAUAGUAUAGUUGCCCUAAAAAUGGAAUAAAAUCCACUCGCUUUGUGAGACUGGUAGCUUUCCUGCAAUGACCUCUGCUCUCUGAAACUAAAUAAUCUGAGAUGCUUUAUGAAGUAACUUUAGUGAAAUACUGUCAUUUCUGUUAUGAGCUGACUAUACCAAUGGAAGGCUGCCAUCUUUGUGUGGGUCUGACAGCCAACAAGAAGCUGUUUAUGCAACCAGUUAAGGCCUCAGGAGAAGCCAGACUUCCUCAUCUCAGCAGAGUGAAGGUAAUAAUGGUGUUGAUGUCAAAUCUACCAAUUCCAAGAGACAGUAACCCUUUGAAUGUUAUUUUUUUAGUCUUCAUGAUUCAAUAAGUCCCCCUUAAACCUUUAAAUGAUACAAUAAGAUGAAUUACUACAAGAGUGGGUUUAGUGUUGGGUUGUGAUGAUUAUGUUCCACAAAGCGCAAGGUCUGUGGUCAGCUCAGGUCUAAAAUUUGGCAGAACAAAUCAUAUUUUUGUAGGGUCAAGAUUUUAAAACUCAGGUCUGAGCUUUAGGCCUGUAAAAACUCUGCACUUUGCUUUCCAUAAGGGACCAAACCUUUAUUAUUAAGCUUCAAAGAUCGUUCCAGAAACAUGCAGCUUUGUUUCAUUAGUCCCCCUGAACGUUCCCAUGAGGUCUGUACAGUACACAACCUUCAGCCGGGGUUAUGUAAACAACGUCAGAGAGCUAAUGUUCCUCUGAAAUACCUCUGAAGAGAAUCAUAUAAGGUUCAUGUAAAGCAGAAAUCUUUUAAAAGCAGAGCAGUUCAGGGAAAUACUUUAUAUCUGUUAACCGCAAAGAAUCUCUCCUUGGGGAGUGUGUGGGAAUGUUUCUUUGAACCAUAUGGGAACAUCCUACCACACUUCAGAGAGUUCCCCUAGAGAUGGUUAAUGGCUGUUUUACAAGACUUUGAGUUGGAUUUUCUUUUAAGGGGUGAAGACAGAGAUAAGACAGACAACACUGACUGUCAUGCUUCCUUUAAAAGUCUUGGAUGUAAAGCUUUAUAUGACUGCUGUACAGAGUUGUCUCAAUCAUGAAUGUGUUUGUAUCAUCAAGUGGUAGGAUUGCCGAGGCAGAACAGGUCCAGUAAAGCAGCCAAAUUCACGCCUUUGUGAUGGACUACCAUUAAUAACUUAUAAGUGAAGAUUUUACCUCACCUAAUUGUUUUUUCCGUGUCAAAAAUUAAUGAAAAAUGCGGGGCAGCAAGAUUAGCAAUUAUAACAGAUACAAGAUGCAUCUGCACAUUAUUGUAAUGGAUGUAAUUAUUGGGGAUAUACAUUGGCUUUAAAUGAAAAACACCAGCAUAAAUGACACUAAUGGUGCGCUCACACCAAGUGUGAGUGAAUCACGAAUCCAGAUGCGUGAUUGAAUAGUAUUUACUUACUUCAUCUGCGUGUCAACAGUAAUUUCAACUGUAAUCCCUGCCAAUUCAACCGGCUGGAUUAAGUGAUAGACAUAAAUUUUUUUUACAAUUUACCAGGCAAUCUGACCUCCUCCUAAACCAACCUUCGUGCUGAUUGGUCAUCACAACGCGAAUAUCCACUCAAGUUGAGACAUUUUCAGCUUCUGCCCAGUUCACGUCAUUCGCACCACCAAAGUAGUAGGAGCUUCUAAUCACGUCUUUGCAUUGACUUACUGCAACUGAGCACUUAAAAAGAUCAUUUUUGUUUGCUGAGAUUGCAAAUUGACAAAGUCAACAAGAUCACAAAGCUGGCAGACCCUGUCUGUUAUACUCUAAAUGGGAGCAUAAUUUGUAGAAAAUGACGACUUGGUCAUUUAAGAAGAUUUGAACAAAGCGAUUAAGACCAUGAAAACAUCAGGGAAACUGUUUGCUUUGGUUUUUAAUUUAACUCAAUCCUCUAUAAGGUUCUUACAACUUUUCAGUUUAAGCUAGUUAUAGCUGCCAUAUAAGGGCUUUUUGCUCCUGCUUAAGUUGUCUAUGAUCCAUCUUACCAUGUAAAAGCAGGUUUGGAUCCUUCUUUCUCACCUGGGACAUUCACUGUGGGUAAGUCCAAUAUGUCUUCAGUGUUGCACCAACUCUGUGGUACGCUGGUGCCACAUGAAAUGACCAUGUAGGAGAAAAUAAAAUAACUAUUCUGUGAUUUUGUGUCAAUGUGUGAUGACAGCAGCACUUUGUUGUCUGGUGUGUUGUAGUUGUAGAUUGUAAACAGCCUUAGACUUCUAUAGGAUAUGGGUUAUUUUGCUGCCCCCUGCUGGUAACCUACAGGUGAGCCUAACAGUGAGAAGCAUUUCUGACACGAACCACUUACUCCUCUACAGUGUGUUUGAGUAGAAUAAUGAGCUAAUCAGGCUGAAACAGAUUUUUAAAUCAGUCUGUAAAGGUGGGCAUUUUAACAUGUGUGUCAGUGGGACUUCUUUAGUUGUAAGGACCAGCCUCAAGUGGAAACUGGAGGAACUGCACUCUUUGGUUUUUCAACACUCUAGGCUGCUGCUUGUGUACCACUUAAAAUUAAUCUUUUUCUCAGAGACUUAAAAACAAUACAACUUCUUCCAACCAGUUUUUCCCUUAUUGGCUGUUAAAUAAUACGAUUAAAAAGUCCAAAAACUAUCACAGUACAGUUUGAUGAUUUAGAAAAAGAUUUAUAUUUUGUUGCUUUUAUUCUGAGAAUUUGUCAAAAUGUCGAGUUUAAUGUAGAAAUACGGCCCCCAAAAAAUUAUAUUUUCAAAAAUUAAACUGAAUCAGAUUUUUUAUACGUAUAUUACCAGAAUAUUUUGACGUUUGAAUUUCUUUCCUACCAUUUAAUAAACAAACAAUCCUACUCUUAUGUCCAUAUGUCUGUGGUUUUGUUUAUCGUCCUUUAACAUUACGAUGAGACAGGGGGAUCUCUCUCUCUCUCUCUCUCUCUCUCUCUCUCCCUCUCUCUCUCUCUCUCUUAUCCUAAACCAGUCGCUUCACCAACGAGGAAGCGCGCAGUCGCCACUUUAUGAUACGCGCGCACCGACCGACUGUCCGGCCGACCUGCACCGAGCAGCUCUCUCUCUCUCAUUCUCAUUCUCUCUCUCUCUGAGCCACUUUCCCCGGCUCUUCCCUCCUCUCCGUUCACGUUAAUCGGUACCGGGCGUUGUGUGUAGAUGUAGGCAGUAACCGGAGCUUAGUGUGCUGUCGCCUCUGCGCCAUGGUGGACUGCUGCUCCCCGGAAAGCGAGAGGAUGGAAGCGUGGCUGGACGACCACUUGGAGUUUACCCACUCCUACUUUAUCAGGAAAGCGUCAAGGUAAAAUAGAAAGAGUCUGCAGCUGACACGGCGUGGACACUGCAGCUGAUUUAUUGUGUUUACGUGCAGCCCGCUGAAUGUGAGAGCAGUUUCCAGGACGCAUAAACUCUGUUUGCUUUGUGUGCGGCUCCACAGCCAAUCAGGGACAGUUUAAUUUCCUCUGUUUUUAUUACAGGGCUCCUAAAUAUAACCAUGUUACAGUCAUAUCUAACUGUAAACACUUCUCAUUUAGAGCCAGUGUGGGUCUCUCUGGUCUGGAACCUGUGUCCCUGCUCAGGUGGUCUACCUGCAGAGUAAAUGCACUCGGAGCUGAUUCACACCUUCCCUUCAGCUCCGUAUUUUCCUCACCUUUCCUUCCACUGUCUGCGCAGCGGUUGCGCUUAGCCUUUCAAUCAUUAACUUUUACAGCUGCCAUUGAUUGAGUUUAAUUCUCAGGCUGCUCUGCUGAAGAGGUCCAGGUGAUAAUUCUCCAAGACCAGAGCCAUAAAUGAGAUGUCUUUUUCCUGCUGCACACUCCUGCUUUUGUGGACUUUACUGAGCGUGCUUCAGAGCUUAUUUAACAUUUAAUAACUUUGGCAAACAUGUUUUAUAAACUACAGAAGAGAAGGAGAAAAAAAGGGGAAAAAUUAUUCAUGUUCUGGGUUUGACUUCAGCUUUUUUUCCGCUCUCACUUCAGCUUCUAACUUCUUUAAUUUUGAAUACACUUUGUUUUUAUAAACUUAAUUUAACCAGAAUUUGAAUUUUAUUUCGUAAAUAAUGUAUGAAUCUAAACUCAGAGUUCUGGAUAAACACUAAGAAGGUGCUGCUGCAAAAUGCUUUUUUGUUAUUAUUGGCAUAAUCAUGAAUUUAUUUGCAAAAUUUCUUCAAAACUCUGGCAGCUUUAUUUUCUAAGUGUUUCUUCUUUUGCAUAAUAGUUCAAAUAUGUACAAAUUUGAAGAUAAAUCUUUAAUUCCUUUUGGUUCUGGAGUUCAAAUCCUGCACAAGAACAAAAAAAGAAAUUAAUUGAAAAUAUUUUAGUUACUUAUGGACUGUGCACAUUGUUCUGUGUAGCACCUAAAGUCCCUUAUGUGCACUAUGACUUCAUCUCAUUGAGGCAAGUUGUCAUCUUGCACACAAGUUAGUAUGUUGCACACACAAGGCGAAAACUUACUCCCAAAAGACAACUUAAGUAUGUGCACUAAAAACUAUCUUGUGCACUUGAUAAAGACCUCCAACAAGAUAAAAAUGCUGUGUGCAAAAGUAAAUCUUAUCCCUCUAUAUAUAAAAGUGAGAAAAUGAAUCUUGUGCACAUAAAAAAGUAUCUUGCACAGCUGUAAAGAAUUGUGCAAACAUUAUAACUACCCAAGUCUUUAACUUAUGCCGUUAACAGCAAUCAUUUUUUUUGCAGAAGUUAAUAUCAUGUACACAAGUAAGUGUCUCGUGCACGCAACAUAUUUUGUUUCCACAAGAUAAUUGAGGUGUCAAAUUUACGGUAGAUGCCCCUGGGCAAGUUUGAUCAUGAGGGAGGAAAUUAUCUUGAGUGCACAAGCAAAUGUUUUUAUUUUUUUUUGUGCCAUACAAGAUGACAUAUUCUUUCAACAAGAUCAUAACCUGCCUCCCAAAGAUUACAAUGCUGUGUGCCUCUGACUGAUGAAAGAGAUAAAAAUGUAUCUUGUGCACACAAGAUAUUUAUCUUGCAUGAACAGUAAGGUUAUCUUGCGUGCAUAACUUAAUUAUCUUACUGUACUGAACUUUAUGCUUGUGUGCAAAAGUAGUGAUCUUGUGCACACAAAUUAAUAUCUCAGGGUUCCCACGUAAGUAUGGAAUGUAUGGAAAUAAUUCUGAUCAAUUUCCAGGUCUUAAAAAAUAUGGAAAAUGAAAAAUAAAGUUUAGGAAAAUAUUUAUGUUUCCAGCUCUAAAAUACUGUUUUUUUUAAAUAGGAAAGCAGGUAUUUCCAAAAAUAAUUCGAAACAGUAGGGUAUAGAAGUUCCAACUGUGUAGGAACCCUGAUAUCUUGUAUGCACUAGUAAAUAUCUGGACUGCACAAGAUAGUAAGCUCUUGCAACAAGAUAAUCGCUUGUUCCCACAGCACAAUAAUGUUGUUCACACAAGUAUAUCUAUUUAUAAAGUGAGGAAAUGCAUCUUGUCUGCAGAUUAUAGUGAUCUUGUUGGAACAAGUGCUUUUGUGAACAACAUAUUUAACCAAUAAAAAGAAGUUAUUAUGCUGUAUGCACAAGUUAAUAUUUUGCGUGCACAAUCUGUUCCCACAAGAUGCAUUUAUUGUGAGUGCAAGUUCUAGUCUGGUGUGCACAAGCUGAUUUUUCCCCUAAGUCUUGUGAAAAAGUGGAAAAUUGAUAAAUCACAGAAGAUUUAAACUUAGAUCCGUAAUAGCUGUUAGGAUUGUGAGGUUGAGCCAAAUAAAGAUGACGUGGGCAUGUUUCUACCUCUUCUUCUUCUUCUUUAGGCGACAGCAGCUAAAUCAGUCAUGGUUUACAGCGAACAUGUUGUCAGCCUGGCAGCACUUCAUCAGGACACUCUACGUCAGUAUUUGUUUUAGUGACAAACCCCUUCAGAGCCAUUUAUCCACUUAAACCUCCAUGGCAACUUCACUCUUUUCAGCUGCAGCACGCUCACUCCUUUUUCUAUCUCCAAAUACUCACCAUAAAAGAAUCCUCUUCUCCACUUUUUCCCUCCUCUCCUGAUUUUUGUUUCUCGUCAAACUCAGAAAAGUUGAUUGCCUCCAAGAUUUACGUUUGCACACAUCAGCUUUUCUGCCGUUCUGGUUGAGAGGCAUUUCUUAGAGAGGUAUUGAUUCAGCCACACCUCCUCUGGAUACAUUAGGCUCGGCUCUGUGGGGAGGCCAGCGGCUCAGGGGAGACGGAGAGCUUGGCUCGAUUCUCAGCCGUCAGAUAACAGCGAUUUUCUGUGACUCCGGUUUUAUUCGCCUGGCUCGGGGCCAGAGAUAGCAUGGUUAAUUUCAUGGCCUGAGCUUGUUAACGUCUGACCCAGGUUUGGGGCUUCCACUCCGGUGAACAGAACCUUUGACUGGCCUGAAAACAUCAGGAUGAGUCGCAUGACCUUUGGAAAUUUGAGGCAAAGUGAAGAGAGUGAGCGUGCUUGGAGAUCUGUGCGUGUGUGUGCUAGAGGAGUUGAUUAAACAAUGUGUUGGCUGAUUAGAGUGGCUCUCUGUAAUCACAUCCAAUUUACUGUCCACACAUACACAUGCACUCACACACACACACACACACAGGCAGACUCACAUUAGAUUUGUUCCAGCGAAUAUCCACAUCAGACACUUUAAAGGCUUUCAGCAGUAUUAUUCAGUGAGCAUCUGUGCUUUCUUUUAUCGCCAGUGAUAAUUAGCAUUUUAUUCUUACCAAAACAAUUGUCCUUCUUUGACAUUUAUCAUGAAAUGGUAAUUUCAGGGAUGAAAAUGCCAUCUGUCUGAUCAUCAGAGUCCACAUGCGCUGCUGUCUUUCAGUCAGUUUCAUAUUAUUGUGCAGCAGAUCGUCUCAAAACUUUGUAUGACCCCAGUUCCAAAAAAGUUUUGAGACAUUGUGCAAAAGAAAUAAUUGCAACAGAAUGAGUGCACAGACAAAAUACCAAGUGUUGCAUUGUUGGAUCAUGUUUAUAUCGUUUCUUUUGCAUGAAACUGCAUUUCUAUCAGAAAACUCGUUAGGGCUCGGCAAUAAACUGAAAAUUUACCAAUACCAAAAUUUACAACAAUAACUGACCUCAUCUUGCCCAUGUCAAUAUAUUCGAUGUCAAAUAAAUAAAUAAAUAAAAGUUGGUUUUGGAUGUGUGUAGGUAGGCUAUGGUUUUAUGUCCCUUUUAAGAUGCUGUCCUAUGUCAGAGACGUGACUCCACCACAUCCAGUCUGUAACAAAGAGGGAAAGACAGGUGAGGAGAUGGAGGACGGUUCAAAAGUUGUAGCAGCUGGAGCAGCGGCUGAAGUAGACAAAGUUAAUGUGAGAGGGGUUGAGCAGCUUGUGGAGUAGUUAUCGUCUGUUUAUCGUUAUCGAGGUGAACUGAUCAAUAUACUGGAUAUUGAUUUGAGGCCAUAUCGCCCAGCAUUACAACUUGUGCUUUCAAUUAUUGCAAAAAAAAAAAAAAGUUUGCUAUGUUGUUUUUGCACUAUUAACAGUUACCUUUGAAUGAUUUGCAACCCAUCAAAUUUAGCUGAACUGAUCUAGUCAUGUUGCUCUAACCGAAGAUGAAGUUAAAUUAAAAAAAAAAAGAAAACGUUUUCAAGUUAUAGUUUUGGAAGUUAGUUCACAAAUGCUAAAAAAGGCACAUCACAUAUAAAGAAAAACUGGCAUGUGAAAUACAGUUUGUUUAAGGGAGUCAAGUAUGAUUAUCCAACAGCAAAUGGGCUCCAUGCUCCAAUCCACUACUUCUUGAACUCAGACUGCUCCUUUAUUUUCUGUCUUACAUUAUUGGACAACGUGAUUAAUCCAGGUGUGACUGAUCAUUGUGACUAGUCAGACUCACCUGGUUUAUUCAGUUUAUCCAAUAAUGUAAGACAGGAAAUAAAGGAGCAGUCUCCAGGUAAAGCUGCUGUCUCAUGAUCUUUAUGUGUGAUAUCAACAAUGGGACAUAUUUCUACCUAAAAUAUCACGUCUGUAACCUUGACAAUAUUUUCAGACUGUUCAAAUACAUUUUCUGUGUUAGACCUUGACAAAGCAGGAUAGAAAAUUUUUGUGUAAAAAUCUGAUAAAACCUGCUGUGUACGCCUUUGGAGUUGUAUGAGUUGAAAACCAUCACAUGAGAGCUUUUUUUCUUGGGGGAUCUGAGCUCCUCCUGAUUAGAAAUGCUCCUCUUGAUCAAACCGUUGUGUUUUCGCAGAAAGAAUGAAAGUCUGUGUGUGUGUUUGUGAGUGUUACACUUAUAAAAGCUUGUCUUUUCUGUGAUUAUGUGGUUUUUGUCUCCUAAAUGACACGUUUGAUCUGGUAUGAACACUCAAUGCUACAGCGGCUCUGAUCCGGUGUCCUUUUUCUCCGCAGGGAGAUGGUGAACGCCUGGUUCGCUGAGCGUGUCCACUCAAUCCAGCCGCCCAUCUCUAAGGAAAACCCUCAGCAGCAGCAGCAGCGGGUCCACCAGUCCUCCACAGACCCCCCUUCCGCCUCCACCAUCCUGCCACCCACGCUUAGCCUCCUGGACAACCGCUGCCCGUCCCCCGCCACAGUCUCCAGCCCGGCCCCCGGCACCCCGACUCGCAAGAUCUCUGCAUCAGAGUUCGACCGCCCACUCAGACCCAUCGUGGUCAAAGACUCUGAGGGCUCUCUGACUUUCCUCAGUGACGCUGACCGUGAGACUCUCCCCCUGUGGGGCUCAGUGAUGGGGGAGGGAGGGGGGAGUAACGGGGCGGGGAGUGGCAGUGAGGGUGACCGCUGUGCCCGGCUCCUGGAACUGGUGAAGGACGUGUCGAGUCAUCUGGACGUGACAGCUCUCUGCCACAAGAUCUUCCUCCACAUCAACGAGCUCAUCGCUGCAGACCGCUACUCCCUGUUCCUGGUAGGAUGGCAGCGGGCUGUACUGGGGGUCUGAUGGUUGAUUUUACUGGUUUAACUGGGAAACUGAUAGUGCUGGUUCUGCCCUCAGAGUAUUUGAAAGCCAUACAAAGACAUUUUUUGUACCUCACAGGCUUUAGUGAAUGUAUGGCUGUAGAGGUGCAGUAUUGGAGUAAUUUGCACCAGAAUGAAGGUUUUUUGCAGGUUUUUGUUUAUCAGCAGGACUCUUCUACUACAGAGCCAUGCUGCUGUAACCCCUGCAGAAUGUGGUUUGUCAUUGUCUUAGUGAAAUAUGAAGGAUGUCAAGUUUUGAUUUAUCAGUAUAUUACCUCAACCUAUAUUAGGGUUUUACCGUUACAACUUUUUGACUUCUGAUACGAUAUCAAUAUUGUAGCCUUCAAUAUUGACAGAUACUGAUAUUGAUCCGAUAUUGGCACAAAAAUUGUGAAUGACAUGUUUUUCACUCAGCUUCAAUGUCUUUUUUAGACUUUGACGAAGAAUACUGCCACAAGGCCGACAUCACUCCUACUCCUUGCUAAUAGUUCGUACCUUAGAACACACUGUUGUUGUGAUCAUGUGGGCUUUACACGCUGGAACCGGGUGCAGACCCAUAUAAUCCGAUAUUUGUUUUUUUGCUGAUAUCGGAUCGAUAUAAAUAUCGUAUCGGGACACCCCUAACCUAUAUGGUUACCUCUUAGCAUUUUGACCUCAUUUGUGGAUGCAAUGAUGAACUGUGUUCACAGAAAAUGGUUUUUAAAAGAAAUUGUGAGUCCAUGCAGUGAUUUCCACUCCAGGGUCCUGUCUGUUUUUAAUGCAGUGCUGCCCAAGGGCCUGAAGAUCAGGAUCACCCAGUCUUGAUUUUGGUCCUUGUCUCUUUUUUAGAGAGAUUUCUCCAAAUCCUCUGAAUCUUUUAAUGAUUAUUUUGAUAAUGAUAAUUUUGUGUCCCCCUUUUCAACCUUUAGAAAAUUCAAAAUAAGGUUAAUUUUUCUUAAAACAAUGAAAUGUUUAAGUUUUGGUUCAGAUCAGUACAGCUUUUAGUGACUGGUCACUUCAUUUAAUUCAUGUUUUCCAUUUUUUCAGUUCCUCUAAAACCUGUGUUUGUGGUCUCAGGUGUGUGAGGACAGCUCCAACAGAAAGUUCCUGGUCAGCCGGCUCUUCGACGUGGCUGAGGGAUCCACGCUAGAGGAGUCCUGCAGUAACUGCAUCCGUCUGGAGUGGAACAAAGGCGUGGUGGGUCACGUCGCCUCCACGGGGCAGCCACUCAACAUCAAGAACGCCUAUGAGGUGAGGAUUACCCACAAUCCCUGUCUCCUGUUUCUCAUCAUUCGGGGCUUAGUUCAAGUAGAGGCUGCACGGAGGCGGGUUGUGUUUUGUGGGUUUGUGCUGAAACAGGCCGCUGUUUGCUCUGGACACAUUUAAUGCUUCUUGCUGACAGAGCACAGACUUUACAGGGGAGGAGGGGGAUCAACGAAGGGCAAGUAGGUCAAAGUACUCCUCUGGAGAGUCCAUCUUCACCACACUCACACACGUCUCUUCCUCUUCACUGAGUGGCUGCAGAGUGUUUGGUGACAUUUCGACCUCUGACAGUCAGAGCGUGGUGAUCUCCUGAGUGAUCAGGUUUCAACACACUGCCGCUCUACAGCUUAAAUCAAUGAUCAAACUGUUUAACUCAAUAAAAUGUGCUCUAAUUAUGUAGUUUAUACUCUUCUUUUACACAGAGAGCUUUGUAUUUUUUUUAAUACCAGAAACAACUGUUAAAAUGACACACAUACACUCAUACUCGAAUUUAUUCAGCAAGAAAUCCUGCUAAGCUCUUCAGAUGUGUAGAUCAUGUGUCCAGCUGUUUUAAGGUACCCUUAAUUGUAACUUUGAAAAUACUCUUAAGAGACAGAUGUAGGAUUUUCUUUGGAGCUUUUAAUAGAGUCUUUGGCAUCUGUUUCAAAUGUUCCCGUAACUUUUCCUCCUUAUUGAAUCUUUGGCAGCAGUUUUAAGGAACCCUUUAGGCUGUGUAUCAAGGUACCUUUUAGAGUAAGUUUACAUGUUCGGUAUCUGAACAUGUUCAAAACAAUAUUAUUAUUUAAUUGAAGUUGAAUAUUUAAACACUCCAUAAAAUGGUUUAAAUAGUCCCCAAAGCAUCUGUUUUUAGGUACCUUGAGCACGCUUUAGGGAUCGCCCUAGCCACUACUUUUUGGUACCUUUGGGUACAUUUAAGAUUUUAACUUUCUCCACCUUUUUUGAAAUUUUUUGGGCACAUAUCAGGUACUUUCUCUGUUUUUAGGUACCUUGAGGAACAUUUUUGAUUUGCCUUAUCAGGACUGUUUGAAGGUACCAGGUGGCAGCAGUUUCAAGGUGUUUUAAUGACUCAUCUAAUAAAUCACCUGUUUCAAGGUGCCCUGUCUUUGGGGUACCUUUUGGUGUCAUUAAGGAGGUUUCUUCUUUAAGAGCAGUAUAAGGCAUUUUAGUGUGUUUCCAGGUUCCUCAAGAUUCUGGUUCAAUUUACCCCUUGUGGUUUUAAUGAGAUCACUUAAACUGCUGUUUUAGGGAGUUAUUUCGAUUUACCUCCCACAGUCUUAGCAGACUUUUUGUUUGAGGUACCCUGUUAUCAUGAUUUCAAGAUUACCUUCAGACCCCUUAAUGUCCAACUUAAGGUACCCUCUGGUGUCUUUAACCAUGCAUCUUUUUCUAUCCGUUUAUGGGUAACCUUCUGAUGUAAGUCAUAAGGUACAAGACUCGUAGCGUCUGAUAAUCCACAUUUGUUUUAGAGUUUAUUGGCUAUUUCAAGUACCGUUGGCUGAUGUUUUAAGGUACCCUUUGGCAUUAAUCAAGAUUUUUUUGCAGGUCAAACCAAAAAAAAAUAUUAUAUUUCAACUAUUAGGUUCAGAGUUUGAUCUUUAUGUCAUUAUUAGCACUUGUUUUACAAGCUUAAAAAUAACUCUCAUAAUGAGAAAGCUUCAAGACUAACUCUGAAACAUCACUGUCUUCAAACUCCAGGGACCGCAAACCGGCUCCAUCAGCGUCUGACAUCAUGGGUUUCUGUGAGUGUGUGUCUGUGUGUGAGAUAUUUCCUGCUGUGUACCUUGUGUACUUCUGGUUGCUUCCCAACCAUCAGAUGAUGAUGAUGAUGAUGAUGAUGAUUUGGAGAGAGGAGGACAGGUUGAGAACACGACAAAUAAAGAGCAGAAGGGCUGCUCCAAUUAGCCCCGCUGUGGUUUGGAGUGUGUUUGUGUGCACAGGUGUGUGUCGUUAAAUCUUUUAAGCAUAUAUAGAUAAGUGCAGUGAAAUUAAAUGCGUGUCUGUGAGUUUACAUAGUGUUGUGUUUGCACAAAAAUACGGAUGACAUUGAAUCAAUAUGGAAGGCUCAUGCAGAGGAUGUUUUGCAGGACUCAAUGUGUGCGUAGCGUUACUCUGGAUUAUCUGCAUGUUUAUGUGUUUGUAUGAAACUGUGUAUGUGUGUGUACUGAUGCAGAACCCGAUACUGCUGCCAGGAAAUCCAUCUGCGUCAUCUGAGGGACUCCCCAGCUCUCUGAUUGGAUCUUUAACGUCCCAUUAGUGCAUCCAGGAUUACAUUGAUUCCAGCAGUAUGAUGAGAAACAAACACCCCCCUCUGCCUGUUUACUUUAGUUCAGCCCUCUGUGGGCCAGACAAGCUAAGUGUCCAAAAGCGGCUCAGGCCAAACCAAUCCACAGAGAGCCAGGGGGGAAGCCUGACCUGUGCCGCAGCCAGGAUGCAAUCUUAGAGAAAAAACUGCAGGACUUAUCUGUCAGUUGCUGAGUCUUGUUUGGACUUGAGUUGAUCCUGGCACAUUUUCCUUGGAUUUCUAAAGGUUAUUGUGUGUUUAAACUUUGUGGCCAGAUAGUUUUCUUGCUCUGGAGAGAGUUUUGCUGUGGUGAAAGUAUGCUUUGGCUUGUUUCGGGGUGGAUGUCAUACUGAGACAGUGAGUAGUUUGGCUCUGAGGAGUCUGAAGUUGAGAGAACUGUGAAAAAAGUGACUCACUCAAAAGUGUGCUGUUAAUUUGGGGGGACAACAAGAACCUGUGCAAACACUGGUGUAAUUUAUCAGGAUUUGCAGGUUUUCUCCCUGAUUUCAAACCCUGGUCUUUGCCUGAACCAGACAGACAGUUCAACUGUGACAGAUAAAGAAAAACAAGGUUAAAGUUAAAGCUUCUGUGGGGAAUCUGGUGCCCCUGGUGAACAAAGUGAAACCUCAUGUCUAAAUUGUGUUUUGCUGCAAAAAAUCUCAUCCUGUUUUAUUUUAACAGGAGACAUAAAUAGUAAUUUGAGCUUGUUUGAUUACCUGCUAAAAAGUUCUUAAAGCAGCUGAAUUAAAGGAUUCCUACACAGUGGGAAUUUCCAUACUUUUCCAUACUCUAAUUUUUAGAACUAUUUUUGGAAAUACCUACUUUUCUAUUUUAGAAAACAGUAUUUUAUAACUGUGGUAAUAGAGUCUGUUAACAUAAAUAUUUUUCCAUACCUAAUUUUUCAUUUACCAUACUUUUUAAGACCUGGAAAUGUAUCAUAUUACUUCCAUACUUGCGUAGGAACCCUGGAAUUAAAUUGGUGGCAGAUUAUCGUACAUAGGAUUAUGGAUGUCUUUAUGGUGCUGUGCAUUCUGCCUGCUAUUGCUCUCCUCACCAAAGCAUACUAAUAUACAGUAUGAUUGAUCAACAGUAUCUGGACUACAAAUUAAUUUUCACCUUUCAUUCUGUCAGUGUGAUGAACUGAGGGAGUAUCUGUGCAUGCUUUGCAGCUAAGAAAAUUCCUUAUUUGUCUUAUAAAGGUAUCCAUUUGGCCUCUUUUUGCUCAAUUUUGGCUACUUUAUUGCUGAUAAAAAAAACUACACAUGGCUUGGAAGCAAGGUUAUAAUAAUUUUGGAUUUUUCGUUACAGUUUAGUUUUUUUUUUCAUUUGGACUUUUUUUUUUUCUCUAAUUCAGUUAGUUUUAAUUAGUUUUUAGGGCAGAUUUGUUAGUUUUUUAUUAGUUUUUAUUUUUUAUGAAUGAUUAGUAAUCUAUUAGUUUUCGUUUUUUGUUUUUCAUUCUUGGUAAUAAGGUUGUUCACUCAUGCUAUUAAAGUUUUCAUUUAUUUCAGUUAACGAAAAUGUUUCUUCAAUUCUAGUUUUUUCAUUUUGUUAGUUUUAAUUAACGAUAAUAACCCUGUUUGGGGGUGUUACUUUUUACACAGUUCUGCAGUUAAGAAGCAACCUGAGAGUUAUGCAUGUACAGGAAACGUCUGCAGCUCACCAAUAGCACCUGUUUAGCUUUCCAUUCAACCACAUCAGUAAAUGUCAUAUUGUCCGCUUUUUUAUGUUACUUACAGCUUGUAGUUUUGAGCCUCAAUGCUCAAUGAUUAUCGGUGGAACCGGUCUGGGUUUUAGAAACACCUUGGAAGGCCUUUCCAGGUAUUAGGUACCCCGUCUAUUUCUAUAAUGUCUAAGCUUGACCGAGGCAUUAUCCCAACAGGACAAGACAGCCUGACAUCAGGUCAUGUCUUUAAAUGAGCCAUUUAGGGAAACUGCAAAACAAAUCCGGGGUUAAAAUGGGAACUUUCUGUGUUUCGAUUGCAUUAAAAGAGCCCCUCACACAUUAAAGCCUGUUCUGUAGUCAUCUGUAUUGUAUGACUCUGAAAAAAGAGAAACCCCUUCAGUCAUCCAUCAGUGAGUUUCAGAAACACAAAGAGCUGUUUCAUCAUACCAAAUAUGUUUUGUUUAGGAUUGUGAAACUGGUGCAAUGUUCACCUUCGUCAGGGUUUAUACACACACACACACACACACACACACACACACACACACACACACUUAUUCCCCUGGAGUUUAGAGGAUGCCAGUGGACAGAGAGAGAGGCCGAGUGUUUCAAAGGUCAGCCAGUCCAGCAGGAGAGUAUUCCUCCAAACAAAAACAUCUCUCCGCCCACCAGCGCUCCCUUAAUGCCUCCAGAAGCCUCUUCUCCCUCUGUUUGCCUCCUUCUGAUUCAGAGACAGCUCUUAAAACUAUGUAUGCAAAGCUUUUGUUUCGGAGGGAUGGAAUUUAGAGUUACAUAAUGCCUGCAGCUGCAUGAGCACAGCUAUAUAACUGAGAAUCAGUUUCUUUAUGCAAAUAAAUCCUGCAUUUGACAACGGUGUAUAAGGCUGCACGAGCUGUUAGGAAUAAUGAAGCACUCUUAAAGUUCGAACCCUCAAGUGUUUUGAUCAAGACAGAGUGUGCUUGACAGGUCGACAAAAAACACAGUUUUGAUUGUUCCUAUAUUAUCACUGAAUUAAGAGAUAUUGUCCAAAUAAAACUACUUAAGUCUGGUGUUUUCACAAAGAUUCAUCUCUGUCUGAUUAAAGUCUUUUUUUUUUCUCCAGGACCCGAGGUUUAACGCUGAAGUCGACCAGAUCACAGGUUACAAAACCCAGAGCAUCCUCUGCCUCCCCAUCAAGAACCACAAAGAUGAGGUAACAUGAAACACACCGGAGCAGCACAUACUGUCUUCAUGACAGCCUGUGCUCAUCUGCUAAAUGUUGAUAUGAUGUAAUGCAGCAGACGGGGAUGCAGGUCCUUGAGUGUCCACUAGAGGCUGGUUUCAAAGAGAGGAAACCCCAUUAACAUCAUGAACAAAAUGAUAAUUUCACCAGUUUUUUCAUCCUGUCCAUCACAGGUGGUUGGAGUUGCUCAGGCUAUCAACAAAAAAUGUGGAGAGGAUGGUGUCUUCACUGACCAGGAUGAAAAGGUGAGUUAUAGUCAGAAGUUUCACCUGCCUGGGGGGGAUUUGAUAGAUGGUUGUAUUUACAUAAAUCCAGAGCAACUACAUGAGCAAAAAUCUUAAUUUAUUAAGUACACCUUAGACUUGGUAAAACUCACUUUUACAAACUAAGGCAACAACACUAAACAGGAGAUGGAGAUGUAAAUGAUGGAUGGAUGGAUGGAUGGAUGGAUGGAUGGCUUAGUCUCUCAAAGCUCAGCCCAUCUCUCUCCACUUGGACGUAAACUUCCCUUUUAUUAUAAACUGUCUCUUUUCUGCUCCGUCUUCAGUGAUUUAUCCUUUUUUCCAUUAAACACUCCUGCACUCCUUCGUCUCUGCCUCUCACUCUUCUCUCUCUUUGACUCUCCUGCAGGAUUUCUCCGCCUAUCUGGCGUUUUCAGGCAUUGUCCUGCACAACGCUCAGCUCUACGAGACGUCACAGCUGGAAAACAGGCGCAAUCAGGUGGGUGUAAAUGUGUGUCUGUGAGUAUUUAUGUGCAUGGAUGCGGCUCUGAUCAUGAUACCAGUAUGUGCGUGUGUGCGUGUGUGUGUGUGUGUAGGUGCUGCUGGACUUGGCCAGUCUGAUCUUCGAGGAGCAGCAGUGUCUGGAGGUUUUACUGAGGAGGAUCGCAGGAACCAUCCUGUCCUUUAUGCAGGCCCAGGCUUGUACCGUCUUCAUCGCGGACGAAGACUCCAUGGUCAGUACACACACAAGCAUGCACAUACACCCACAAACAAGCAUGCAAGUGCGGAAACUCACAUAUAUGUUUAUAUUGAACAACUUAUAAUCAUAAAAUGCAAAAAAAGGAAGUUCCUCAGUGGAGCUUUAAAAUGAAAUAAAAUGAUGUGUAACAGAAAAAGCAGUGUACAGAAGUGUUUUGAGUUAUUGUGUGGGAAAUGCAGAGUUUUAUAUAGAGAGCAGUGAACAGUAUCUGGCUGUGUGUUCAUAUAAAUACACCCUGAACUUAAACUGACUGUCUCUUUCACUUUAUUCACUCUCACACACUCACAGAGUGCUGUUAGGCUCCUCUGUGGGCAUUAACAUUUGUUUUGGCUUGUCGUCCUCCUCCGGGGCGUUCAGCUGCUUAAAAACACACACUGACACACUUCACACUCACUGACAGAAAACACACACACUCGGGAAAAGGCAGCAAAUUAACUGUCACACACUGAGCGAGACUGAUAGAGCAGCUUGGUUACAGUUUUACCAAGUCUCCAUUGGAGAAGGGCCUCUACAAUCCCAACACACAAAGAAACUACAGUUAAAAAUUGAGUUUAUUUGAUUCCACCUUUUCCAUCAACUUUUGUUUUACAUUAUGUGGCUCGAGGCUUGUGUGAACCAUAACUGCCAAAAGUCUGAGUUGCCAAAAUCUGCUCCUGUUAGCGAUUAAAUGAGUCACACACAAAUCAGGAAAUAGAUCCUAAAAAGAUGCUUUACCCUAAAAACUAUUCUGGUGAUGAAUGAGAGAUGCUGACUGCUUAUUUUGAUAAUUCAACACAAAACAAGAGCAAACUGCACAGAGCUGCAAAAUUUGAUUGAAAUUUUUUGCUUGGAUAACAUAUGCACACUUUGCUUUGAGAAUAGGACCCUGAAAGGUAGAUGAUAAUGAAGGGAUAUGACAUGCAAUUCAAGGGGCAAAUCCUUUUGUAGUUACUUGUGCUUUAUUUUAUGCCUUAUAUAUGCAGAAUUCUUGUUUUCAGUGUUAUGAAUUAAUGCUCAGUAAAGUGUGGGUACUUGAUAACCAGGUGAAGCAAACAACUUGAAAAUUUGCAGUAUUGUGCACUAAAAUACGUGCACAAUUCUUCAAAUAUGUGAUAUGCAAAUAGGACUAAAACAUAAACAAAGGGUUAAAAGCUGCACAACAAAUAGUGUCAAUGUGUGCCGGUGUAGUUUGCAUACAUUUAAGUGAGCCAUGAUGCAUUUGUUUGGAGCAAAGUAUGCCACUGUCUUUGCAAAUGAACCUCAUUGUAAAAAAAAAAAAAAAGUUUUACCUUUGGCUUUCUGAGUGAUCAAGACAAUAUUACCUCUGAAUAUAUCUGUGCAUGGAGUAUGUUUUUAAUUUGAUACCAUUUUCUGUAAAUAAUAGAGUUGGUUUAUUUACUCUUAACAAGCUUCUCUUUGCUAGCUCGCUACAGAAAAUAAGUAGGAUAAAGUCUCGGAAAUUUGUGACUCUUUGGAAGAAGAAUCUCCUCCUUUUUUAGUUUGUUUUCUUUAUAUUGACAGCUGUUAGGAUGAGAGUGCACAGGAAAGCUCUGCGCAGCAAACUGUGGAGAUGCCAACAGCUCAUCUUUAGAAUUAGAUGCAAAACAAGAGCAAACUGCAAAGAGCUGUAAUAUUUUUUGGCUGUGUUUGCAUUUGAAUGUGAUUAAUAUAGCUCAUCUCGUGAGUAUGCUUUGAGUAGGAUCAGAUAGCCUGGGCAAAUGACAUGCAAUUCUGCGGCAAACCAUUCUUAGUCGCAGUAUUUUCCUGGGUAGAGUUAUAGUUGGGUUUGAUCAGUUUUGACGCUGCUUUGAGGUAUAAAAUGAACUUUUCUAAACGAAUAACCGGUGCAGUUUUAUUACCAUGAAUGUCUCAAAGAGAACCUCUCUGUGUCUGUCUGUGCUUUUCUGUAUUUAUGGAUUCGGUGCAGUGGGAGUGUGCAGCGGUCAACAUGACGACAGCAGUUUAAGAGCUCGGCCAUAAUUUAAGACCACAAGCAGCAGAGCUCAGAGAGGAAGGUGGUGUUCGGGGUCAUUUAGAGAGGAGAAAAUGAUGUUUAAAGGAACCGUACGCCCAGAAAAUGAGAUGAAGAGUUCCUUUGUGUCUUCGAGCUGGAUCUGUCUGAUGACACUGAAACCUUUACUACUGAGGAAAAUUAUCGUCUAAGAUCUGUUUAAUCGUUCAGUUUUCAGUGGGUCCCUCAGAAACAUUCUACCCACAGCCAUCACCAUCUCUACAACUCACAACCACAAAAUAAGAAGCAUCUGACUGGUCUGUUGUUCUGAGUGUCAAACUGCUAUAAAUACUCCAGAAAACGCUGUUAUUACUGCCAUAAACAUCAGCUUCAGUGCACAUUAUUGCCCAUUUAGCAGCUGAUGAGUGGUUGUUUGCAAAGCAUGCUGUGUCAUUAACUUUUCCAGCUAUCUGGAAAUAAAUCUUUUUGUUUAACUUUCUUCAUAUCACUCCACAAACAUGAAGACAUUGUAUUGCGCUUACCUACAUCACGUUCUCCCCACCAGUCCUAACAGCGAGUUUUCCAAGCUAUAAUUCGCUCCACUGGACUGAUGGCUCACAUUACUGAGUGUCAAGUUAUUCCAAAUACUGGUUUCACAAAGUAUCAGCUGCACGGCCAAUUCAACUUUCAAUAUUUGUCUUAAAGCCUGGGUUAACUGGACGGGGAAUGUGAAGCCGUUGAAGUGGUUUGUACUCAGUUACAAAACAUUUGUGUUUGACUUUCUCUGGUAUUUAUUAGAACCAGGUUAGACCCACUCAGCUGUCGGCUCAGGUUUAAACAGGCCAUGAAAGCAGCUUUCAUAUACUGUAAGUCUGACAGCAGCUUUUACAACCUGUUAUAGUGAAAUACUGUACAUUUAAGGGAUAAUAAAGAAAAAAUUUGGGCUUACAAAUCAGAUUACUCAUUGAAGAUUAAUGGCUAUAGAAUGUAUGUUGAGCAGGAGAAUAUAUUCCCAGGCAGUUUUCACUGGAGUCUGAAAGUGAAAUGUUAUUCCAUUCUUGUCUGAUAGAGGAUUUCAGCGGCUCAACAGUUCAGGGUCUCCUUUGUCCUGUUUUUGGUGCCAUGAUGCUCCAAAUGUUUUCAAUGGGGGCUUGUCAGUACUACAUCAGACCAGUUUAUCAGCAGGACUCUUCUACUACAGAGCCAUGCUGUUGUAAUCCCUGUUGUCAGAAUGUGGUUUGUCAUUUUUUUUUUGCUGAAAUAUGAAGAUCUUCCCUGAAAAAGUCUUUGUCUGGAUGUCAGCAGAUGUUGCUCCUAAACCUGUAGAUGUUGUUCAGCGUUAAUAAAGCCCUCACAGAUGUGGAAGAUAACCAUAACAUGGACUCUGAUGAUUCCCAUAUCAUGAGGGAGGCUGGCUCUGAACUGUGAGCUGUUAGCAACACAGAUGGUUGAUUCCCAAAACAGAUGUCAGAUUUUUAAUUUGUCAGACCUCAAGACAGUUUUCUACUCUGCCACUUCAGUUAUAACCUGUAUUUAUGGAUCUGGAAAGGUACUGUGGUUACAGUCACUGGUUUUUGGGGGGGAUUUUAAGACAAUGUGGUGACUUCCACUUCAGAGUCCUGUCUGUUUUCAAUGCAGUGCUGCCUGAGGGCAUGAAAAUUUGAUCCAAUUCUGUAAAUCUGUUUUCAUCAGCAUUUUUGACCACACCAAAUAGGGGUGGGAGAGAAAAUCAAUACAGCAUAGUAUCGCGAUAUUUUGUCUGGUGAUAUAUCAUAUCGUCUCAUUAACCAAGUAUCGAUUUUUCAAAUUAAGUGCUAAUAUGAAGUCAAAUCUAUAAUAAUGGAAAAAUAAAAUCAACUGUUUGUCCAGUGAGGUUGGCAGAGGUGACAUCAUAGAGCAGGAAAAAGUUUGCAAGCUGCGUAAAUAAGACAAACACAAAGGAAAGCAAAAUGGGAAAAUAGCUAAACAGUUGAAAAAAUUCUAUAAAUCGCGAUAUAUUGUAUCACAAUACUCACUGUAUUGCAAAAUGUUAAAAAUCGCAAUAAUAUCGUAUCAUGGCCAAAGUAUCGUGAUAAAAUUGAAUUGUGGGGCCACCUCUAGCGCCUAAGCUCUUUAGGUGUUUGGGUUGUACCUGCAGAGAUCGUUUGUGCAUGACUUAUUUCUUCAGUUUGGGUUAGCCAGCCCCUCAGCAUGAUAAAGUCAGAUUUAUGAUUGUGUGCACUGUAUGUACAACAAUCCGUAGGCUCUGUACCAGCCCACUUUGCAGACAGUAUGUGUGUUUGUCCCUCAUAUGACCUCUAAGUUGUCAGACCAGCUGUCUCCUUUUCCUUUAUCCUUCUGUCUCUGUUUCUCUUUCUUUCUGUCUCGUCCCUUCCCAAACAUUUACUCAGAGAUUAGGAGCUUUUACUGUCUUAUCUGCCAGACUGCGCUCUGUAUACAGGUGUCAAAGUUAGCUGCCUGUAGUUUCUCAAGCUAACCCACAGCUCUGUUUGUUUGAAUCUAACCUCCCCUCAAAAAUGACAGCAGGAAGUCCAGUAAAAGACAGAGCUGGUUUCUAACUGGACUGCACCAACAAUUAUACAAAGAGACACUAAAAACUCACUUUACUUCUCUGCAUCAGUUCAGGAACAUUAAACAUGAGCGUGAAUGUGUUUGCAUGCUGUAAUGAUGCAAUUUGUCUGCUGGUGUUUGUAAGCCGUGCGUACAUGAAUGUGUGUUAACGUUACAUGAUAGGGUUUGACAUCUGGCUCACCGCUGAGAGUGUAUGUUCUCUGAGUUGUUCACGUCUCCCCCUGAAGAAAUGUUUCCUGAAUUGGCUGCAGGUGUGUGUGUUUCAGUGUGUGCACAUGUUGUACCAUUUUCUACAGCUGUAAAACCACCUGCUGUUUUCUAUUCUCUCCUCUUUUCUGCCUGUCUAUCCAAAGACCAGCCGUGCAGUCAAUCUUCAUUUUCUUCCUCCUUGCCUACACAAUAGACUCAGUAUAUUACAAAUUAUGAUCUGCAGCUUCAUGGUUUGGCAGUCUGCAAACACAUGGUUGCAGUUUUGGUGGUAAAAACUGGAAAAAUGGAGGGUCACACUCAUCAAGUAUCACUGGGGAGCUUCUUGUCCUCUAAGGCCCCCAUCACUUUCCCAAUGGCCAGGGUGCACAGGGGAGUGUCUCAGCAUGAUAUCUGACCAUUGGGGAUCACCAAGUCGUCCCAUUCCAGUACCUUUAAGUCCCACUCCGACCAUUUUUUUUCACUACUUAAAGUGUUUGUUAAAUUGUGAUGAUGAAGUUUUCAGCCAAAAUCAUGUAACCGCUGCCAUUUUCAAGGGCUUUUCUUCUGCAAAGCUCCAGUAGUUCAUUAGCAAUUCACCUCUGAGUCGUAGGCGGAGACAGCGCUGCUCUGCACACUCCUCUUCAUGCUAGCUUGUAGCCUAACAUUGCGGGUGUAGUGGCAGGUAACAUAGGAGCUAUUCAGCUCUCUAACACUAAUGUCUUUAGGGACAUGAUGAAAGCUAACAUUUUCAUCAGCUUUCUUGCUAGCAUAGCAAUCCACUAACACACACACUCAUUCAGCAAUCGUCCUCUCUAUUUCCCUGAGCCUGGCUUGCAUAGCAGGGCUCUAGGGGCGGAGCUUGAUUUGUGAUGUAGGAAAUCUCACUGUGUCUGAGCCUGCUGUUUGGGUCUGCCAGAGAUUCACAGCGAUUUGAAUGCAUCAGAAAAAUGCCAUAUGAACAUGUAAAAAACGAGAAAAAAGUGAUUAUCAGUGGGUCUUUAAACAUGAAUGUGGUGUUGACCAAAACAGAAAAACUUUUGAUAUACAAAGUCAAUGCAGGAUCAUGCCAGGCAGUCUAUGUCUACUUGUAGGCUCAUUAAAACUCUGUUGGCUGUUGCACAGGGCCUGAUCAAGGUGGGAUACUUAUGCUCCUGUUUCAACUCCUCUGCAGUGUGUCAGUGUGGCAAAGUCAAUCUGCCUCUGAUCUGCUAUCCGUUAGUAACAAAGGUGUGCAUAUGCAUGUCAGAGUAUGUGUAUGUGAAUCUCUCACUGUGCAUUUACACAUCAUGGCUCUUUCACUUCUGUUCUAAUAUGAAAUCGUACAUCGAGAUACUAAUGUUACGCUACACUUGAACAGUGAAUUCAAAAGCAAGACGAUGGCAGCCCUUUGAUUUGGCACUCUUGAAGAAUUGAAAUGUAUAAACAGCUGUAGUUUAAAAAAAAAAAAGAAAGAAAGAACAUAGUGCUACUUCAGGCAGGCUGUCAAAUUUAAUCCUUAUCAGCUGAGAAGAAGGCUUUGGCCUACCUGCUUACAAACUCAGACUUUGCCAUUCCUUAUAUGCACAUGGUUGGGCUGGGAGCUCUCAGAACCAGUCAUACCACCAAAUAUAAGUUAUUACAUGCAAAUGACCUGAUGUGAACUAUUUUUAUGAGGUUUUUAUGACGAGGGAAUGCGGGCAUGUUCAGGAAAAUGAUGAUGGAAUGAAUAUUUCUUGUUUUCUAUGUCUGCAGAUCAUAAGCGUUGUUGACUCACCCGCUCCUUUUAAAACCUUGCAAUAAUCCAAACAUAUUGAACCACUUUUCACUCCUUUAAACAACAAACAGUAUACUAUUACACUGAUUCUGUUUCUGUAUGACUGUCUGGGUUACUUUAUAGGAAAGCGCUUUAAAAAAAAGCCAGUGUUCUCUUUUUCUUUGUUUUCGCUCCAACACUUGGGCCCUUUUCAAACCCAUAAAUCAUGAUGUUUUCUGUUAUGGCUUUAGGUCCAUCAUAUUAUAUGACCAGCCUGCAGGAGAUUAAUGUAUCUGCCAGUAACAGUGAUAACUAAAUGUUUUUUUUCUUUGUCCUUUCCUGACAUGAAGAAUCUUGACUUUAGUUCAAACAAGUCAGAUUUAUGUCAAUAUUCCUACAGCUAAGAGAGAAAAAAACCUCCAUUAUCCCAUGUCAUCCUGUAAUAAACCUUCCUGCCUGCCAGAGACCCCAAUAAAAGUCCAAACACUGUCAGGGUUCCUUUCUGUUUAAAACAGCUUUAUUGCUCUCACCUAGAUGGACCAAGGGGAGCUGAUACAACAGAGUGAAGGUGGGUAGGGGGCAACAUUUUCCAAAACGAAGAAGCCUUGUCUGUCUUUAACAUCCUGUCCCCACCCCUUAAAAAUGGAAAAAAAAAAAAGAUCCUUUGCGAGGGGUUGGGAAGUGCAGGAGGAGAGAAAGCAAGUCCCUAUAAGGAAGAAAAAAACACCAGCUCUUGUUUUUGGCAGAGCUGUAUUGAUAAAAUUUCAGUGCAGUACCUCUGCUUGGCUAACAGCAUUAGGAUGUUGGCUUUAGCAUUUAAUUGGAAAGGAUGAGGAAGUGGAUAUGGGCUCAGAGCAUCCUGUACGCUCUUGUGUUUUGUUACCUGAUCUUAAUUUCUUCAUGCUAAGGACACGCCGGUUUCUUCCUAUCCCUAGUCAUGCCAGUCUGUAAUAAACUCAUGAAAACAAACCUCUUUAUUCUUCUUGUAGAACUCCUUCUCCAGUGUCUUUCAUAUGGAAUACGAGGAGCUGGGUGAAGUCCUGGACGCCCCCAAAAGGUAAGGUGAUCGCCCUCAAAUGAAGCCUGUUAUUAAGUCUAAAGCCCUCAUUGUUUUCUCCAUCUGUUUUAUCAGUUAUAAGUAAUAAUUUAUCCUCACAGUCACCCUUUUCUUCCCCCUUAGAGAGUCUUAGAUGACUCUUUAUCAGCAGGUAUUUGCACAAGCUUUUAUUUUCAUCACAAACAGAAGGAGAUGUAGAAAUAGAGGGAUUUGUUUUUGCUGUCGAGAAAGUCCAUUUGGUCCCAUUCAGUCACUUUGAAUUGUAGGAAAAGGGGCAAGACAGCUCAGUCCGAUACUCAUGAGUCUGCAGAGCUGAUUUGCAGCCUCCUGGGAUCUCUUUGAGGUAAUCCUGCCUCGUCACCUGCCAGUUUCUCAGACAUCUAUCACCGGCUCUGGCUCAGAGCUCUUGUUCUCAUUAGUUGGGCUGAUUUUGGCGGGACGCACCGCCUCAGGGGUUGAUCCGACAGCUCCUCAAUCACUAUCUGUUUAUCAUCAAGAAGUUGGCCCUUUUAUGGUCCUGGAUGGAGCACAGACAUGGAUGUUUGUGAGGCCGACAUGUAGGAUUACAGCAUAAGACAUCUACCUUGGUUAUACAUAAACAGUCAGUGUAUCUAUGGUGGAUAUUGGCAGGAUAGAAACAUGGUGGGAGAUGACAAAACUUACCACUAUCACUUGAAAAUAACGAUGAAUUGCCAUUAUCUUUGGGCCCUAAAGAACAGAGGUGGGGAUCACCAGUGGCCUGACAAUACGAUAUUAUCACGAUACUUGGGCCAGGAUACAAUAUUAUUGCGAUUUUUAACAUUUUUCAAUACAGUGAGUAUUGCGAUUCAAUAUAUCACGAUUUAUACAAUUUUUUCAACUGUUAAUUUAUGCAUCUUGCAAACCUUAUAUAUAUAUAUAUAUAUAUAUAUAUAUAUAUAUAUUUGUUGUACUACAGUGUUGGAAAAAGUUUGGAAUAUUUUCUUCAGUGUUUCGUGUAACGUGAAUGAUCCUCCAACAAACGUGGCUGAACUGACUCAGGCUGUGAUCCAAUGCUGGCGAGAAAUCCCGGUUGAAACUCUUACCAACCUAGUGACCAGCAUGCCUAGACGUGUACGCGCAUUGUACAAUGCUAGAGGCGGUCACACAAAGUACUGACUGUAUUGUUGUUAUCGUCUUGUUAUGUUUAGUGUUGCUUUCAAAGAUGGUCCACGUAUUUUGUGGCAAUUUAAAAUUACAGCCGUUUAUUUAUUAAAUACUGACUCAUGAUUUUAUGCGUUAUUGCUAUGGCUUUUUAUGAAUCAUGAUGUGUCCGCCCUACAAUUUUUUGAGAAACAAAAUAGUUUGAUGUGAAUUUCAAAAACAUAUCACAGAGACCAGGGAACAUUAAAAAGUCUUUGAAUAAUUCUACAGAAAGCAGCAGACCGCGUUAAACACGAGGCUGGGGUUGAAUUGACAGAUAUUCCAAACUUUUUUCCAACACUGUAACUUUCUCCUGCUCUAUGAUGUCACUUCUGCCAACCUCACUGGACAAACAGUUGAUUUGAUUUUUCCAUUAUAAUAGAUUUGACUUCAUAUUGGCAAUUCAUUUUAAAAAAUUGAUACUUGGUCAAUAAUGAUGUAAUAUAUCACCAGACAAAACAUUGCAAUACUAUGCUGUAUUGAUUUUUUCUUCCAUCCCUAUGAAAGAAGCUCUGUAAAAAAACUUUAAAAACAGAUUAGUCUCUGUAGUGGAAGUCACCGCAUGGGCUCACAUCAGUUCCAAAAGCAGUAAUUUCUGUGAAGCUGGUUUGUCUCUGCGUCCACAAAUGGACUAUGCAAAGAGGAAACCAGAUACAAACAUGAUCCAGAUAUGCUAGGGACUUCUCAGGGCCCUGUCACACUCCUGGUGGUCUAUGACAGGGACAGAAACCAAUAUUGGAUAGCUUUGAUCUUUUGGCCCUCUGUAGUGGAAAUCAAAAUGACUAAGAAUAGAAUACAUUUAUCAUGUCUUAGGUCUGUUUUAUUGACGCUUGUGCAGUCUUUAAACCAGGCAUGUCCAAACUAUUCCACAAAGGGCCGGUGUGGCUGCAGGUUUUUCCUCCAACCAAUCAAGAGCACGCAGUCUGACCAAUCAGCUGUCUGAAGACUGAGAUCAGCUGAUGAAAUGAAUCAAGUCUGGUGUGCUGCUGCUUGGCUGGAAGAAAAACCUGCAGCCACACUGGCUCUUAGUGGAAUAGUUUGGACAUGCCUGCUUUAAACUGUUUUCUGGCCUCAGUAAAGCAGAAAUCAUCAAGUGACCAAACUUACAAAUAGCAGGAUAUCCUUUUUCCUGUUUAUGCCUGAGAAAUUACGCCUCAUAAACUCCAAUUAUCAUUUCCCAGAUCAGAGAGAAGGGAGGAGAAAGUAAAAGUUUGACAGGCAGUCAAAGGACCAAGUGACUGAAGGAUUCACAGUGAGGAGAGCAGCAGGUCGAGAUCAGAGGGGAGGGUUUGGAGGAAGCUACAGUUGCAGCAAUCAGCCCCUGCUCCAGCCAGGAGGACUGAAUAAGCUAUAAUCUGAUUUGAGACGCAAUGAGAUAGAAAUCCCUCGUCUCCAGGGUAGCCUGGCCUCCCCAGUUGCUACGCAGCAUCUCAAAUUCAAUCUUAAUCUCAGUAUGAGCUGCAGAAUAGGACUGUGUGUGCAGAAUUGCGUCAAUCUACCAAACAUGGAAAAUAAUAAUGCACAGUCCAAAAAUCACUCUCUAGUUCAGGAUUUUGGACCUCUGUCAGCUCAAAGCUGCUGCAGAAAAUGCUGCCAUCCCAAAGGUAGAGUCAUAAAGAAAUGUUUUUUUAGUCUUCUGUAGAAGUUUUUUCCCUUUAACAAGGAGCUCAAAGGUUACCCAAAACACUUAAUCUCCGUGUCUUGAAAACAAGGUCACAAGCAUGACUGUCUGACAGGUUUUAUUGACUCUUUCUUCGCACUUCUACCUGCUCAAGGCAGAGAUAAAGCUGACAGAUAGAAAAUCGAUAAAAGCUGGGAGGAAACACAGUCUGGGAUUCUCUUUUUUUAACAGUGUACAGAUGGCGCUGUCAGAUCUCUACAGUUUUCAAGAAUCCAAGCAAGACUGCAUUAAAACCAAGUGGACUGAUAUCCUCAGAAUUAAACCUUUUCAGAGCAGAGCAAAAACUGAGAAAAUAAGCAGCUGUAGAAGUCCUAACACUGUCGGCCAUGACACAAACCAGAUGUCUUAUCUUGUCCGGCGCUUCUGAACGUCUCAUUCUUUUACGGCCUGCUCUCGUGGCUGUUUUCCGUCUGUUUAGAUCUAAUAACUGACUUUAAAUGCCGUUGUGUGUAUGUGCUUGAUUUCCUCUGGGAGGGCGGAGGAACAGCAAACCGGGCCACUGCAGGAGGGAGGGUCUGCAGGAUGUUAGCUUUGACCGUCUGGAACCGCAGGAGGCUUUUUAUAGUGACAUUAACCCCGAGCUGUGGCCUCCAAACGACAUGGCGUCUGUUUCGCUGGAGUGAGCUGAACCGAUGUCGAGCCGGCCCGCAGGAAUUCGAGGCGGAGCAGUUUGACAAAGUGGGCUAAUUAACUUUUCUGGAUCUGGAGUUUGAUUGUGGCUCUGAAAUUGAACGUUAACACAGAGCUGUCAUGGUUUUUAGUGGCCGUUGGCUGUUUUCUGUGGCCUCAUUUCAGUCAAUCACAGUGCAGAGGGAAGGAAACGUGGAUUCUCGUGUGUUUUUGUAAUUAAACUCGAGCAUAAGUGCAGGCACUGUGCAGCAUGUCAAUCACAACUCUCUGCGUGUGUGUGUGUGUGUGUGUGUGUGUGUGUGUGUGCGUGUGUGUGUGUGUGUGUGUGUGUGUGUGUGUUGAAGUCAAAGGCAAUCUGGACAGAACAUAUUGUUAUAAUUAGCCUCAAGUCUUGAAGUCAUCCAAAAUAAAACUCUAUUCAUGGGAAUCUAAGCAACACACACACACACACAGACACACACACACACAUACAGGCUUCUAUUCUUAUCUGCGGUAAUGGAAGAAACAUGCUAAAUUGUUAGCUGAAGAGUCAAACUGAUAUUUUUCCUCCUGGACCCUAUAUCCCUAUAUUUUGUAGUCCACGUGACAACAGGCCAGGCAGAUUCAGUUUGAUGAAGUCAGCAGUUAUGAAACAGGCUGCAAAGUAGGGCUGGGCGAUAUGGCCUCAGAUCAAUAUCACAAUGUAUUGACCAGUUGACCUCGAUAAUGAUAAUCGGACGAUAACUACUCCACAAGCUGCUCACCCCCUCCCACAUUAACUUUGUCUAUUUCAGCUGUCGCUCCAGCCUCUACAACUUUUGAACCGUCCUCCGUCUCCUCACCUGUUUUUCCCUCUUUGUUACAGACUGAAUGGGGUGGAGUCAUGUCUGUGACAUAGAACAGCGUCUUAAAGGGACAUGAGACCGUAGCCUACCUACACACAUCCAAAACUAACUUUUAUUUAUUAAUUUUUUUGAUACAAAAUAUAUUGACAUCGGCAAAAUGACGUUGGUUAAUGACCUAAAUUUUGGUAUCGGUACAUUUCGGUUUAUUGCCCAGCUUUACUGCAAAGGUUGAAGUCUUAUUCUUCACUAUUCAGUUGCAGUGGGAGCAUUGUUUGCAUGUUAUGAGGCAUAAGCUGAAUGAAGCUGCAGAACUAGGUAGCAAGAUAACUAGAAAAAAAGUACAGCAUUCCUGUCAUGACCGACCUGUGCACAUAAAAUUGAGCUGCGCAAAAUGUGUGCACCCCUUUUGGUCUGAAUAAAAUCUUCUAAUCACAAGUUUUGCAUGCUGCUCUUUGCAUUUAAUAUUCCUCAUAGGGUUAUCAUGCAAUGCUUCAAUAUUUUAUUAUGUCAUAUGUAUUAUGUUAUUUGUCUGUUGAUUGUUGUAAAUUUGCUUUUAUGCUCUUGGUGUAAUGCAAAUGUCUCCACGGUCAAUGAAGUUUUAACUUAUUCAGUUUUGAUUUCACACAAAGUUCCUGUUCUGUUUUUGUGUCUGUACCCUCAGUUUCAGAGUUUCAGAGCUCGUCCAGAAUGAUCUCCUCAGUGAUUGUCACUCAUAAAGGUGUUUGUGUUGUUGUUGUGUCUCCUCAGGGACUGUGAUGUCAGUCAGAUUAACUACAUGUAUGCCCAGUAUGUCAAAAACACCAUGCUGCCUCUGAACAUCGCAGACGUCACCAAGGACCAACGAUUCCCCUGGACAGUCAGUUCAACUACUUUGACUUUUUUUCCUAGUAAAGCAUGGUGUUAGUCCACACAGGCCCCAAAUCAAAUUAGCCGAUCUAACUCUGGGGUCUUUGCUGCUGCUCUCCCUGCCUUAGCUUUGCCGUUCCACAUGUAUAAGUGGAGGGGCAGGGGGCUUUCAGUACAGAGCCAUACCACCUCUUAUAACUUAUUGCAUGCUAAUAAAUCUUUAGAUUCAAGUGGUCCUGACUGAACAUGUAUUUCAUCCUUGUUUCUUGUUUUUAAAUGAGUCAAAGUCUGUUUUUGCCUCUCAGGAUGAAAACCCAGAUCACACCAGCAACCAGAUAAAGAGUUUGCUGUGCACUCCCAUCAGAAAUGGCAAGAAGGACAAAGUCAUAGGUAUGCUCUAUGCUUUCAUCUGGCCCACCCUCUCUUGUCCUUUAAACUUUAGGUUUGUAUUGUUUUUGGUGCCCCCCAGUGGGCAUGAAUGCCCAUCUGUUCAUGCUAAGAUUAGCAGAAGUUGAGCUGCAGCUAAAGCUUGAUCAGGAAGCUUGAUUGGACUGAUGACCUUGUUCCAGUCACCAGUAAAAAUUGCCCUGUUGACUGAAGUGUCUUAUCUCCUCAUCACUGGCUGUUACUGUGCCCUCUUUCAGCUUAAUACAGUUGGGCCGUCUCCUGGUGGACCUUAUACAUCCUAUACCAAAACAGUCGACAAACUUGUUGGCAGGAUGCUGAUGAUUUUACAACCAGUUUAAAACUCCUGACAGGAGCUUUAAAGCAUGUUUUUAUUCCUGCCGAGACCAAAACCAGACCCACACUGACAACCCCAGAGAGAGGUGAUCACUGUGAAAACUUACUGUAAUUAUUGUUAUACAUAAAAUAUUCGUUUGGUCACUUUUCAAGGCUGUGAUGUUCAUCAGCACCUGCAGCUAGAGGCUUCUCAACCUGAGAAAACAUUAAACCAGCUUAGCGUCAGCACCUUCAUUAGCCGCCCACAAAUGGCCCUGCCGCUCCAUCCAUCCCAGUGAUUAUCAGCAUAAUUACCUGAUAGCAGCUCCAUUAGUUGGCAAUGAAGAUAACUUAAUGAGUAUGGAUAUCCUUCAAUGAUCAAACGAGAUCUGGACCCUCCUGCUCCACUAAACUAGCUCAGACUGGCUCAUUUAGCACCAUUUAAGUACAUUAUUAUCAUUAUUAUAAUAAGAGCAGCAAUAUCAUCGUAAUAUUUCUCAUUUCAGUGUCAUCGAUUGUUUAAAACAGUCUGUGCUCUACAGAUGUGUGUCUGUGUGCGUCUGUGCAGGUGCCUGUCAGCUGGUGAAUAAGAUGGAUGAGGCAUCAGGCAGCGUGAAGGCCUUCAACAGGAAUGACGAGCAGUUUCUGGAGGCGUUCGCCAUCUUCUGCGGCCUCGGCAUCCAGAACACGCAGAUGUACGAGACAGUGGAGAGAGUGAGGGCCAAGCAGGAGGUCACCCUGGAGGUCAGCUUCACACUCAGACACAGUGUAUUUCCCCUGAAAAACACACCCAUGCUACUGUUUAUUAAAGCAGCAAUUAUAAUUAAUUGUAAUUAUUCAUUACCGGGGUUUGCGAUCCACAAAUGUACGAAGGAGGAUUAGGGCCACAAGAAGAGAAAAAAUCAGUACAGGGGGGAGAUUUUUUUAAUUUCCAUUACGAGAUUAAAGUUGAAAUUUUGAGAUUGAAGUCGAAGUUUAAGGAAGUCGAAAUAAAAAAGUCAAAAUUUUGACAUUAAAGUAAAAAAAAUCAAAAUGACUUGAACAAAGUGGAAAUUUCGAGAUUUUACUCUUAAAAUUUUGACAUUAUUUAUGACAUUUCGUAAUCUCAAAAUUUUAAGUUUAAACUCAAAAUUUUGACUUUAAUGACAUAAUUUCCAUUUUUUUUUAUCUCGAAAUUUCAAUUCUAAUCUCAAAAUUUUAACUUUAAUCUCCUUCUGUAAUUAUUUUUUUUCUCUUCAUGUGGCCCUAAUCCUUUUUUGUACAAAUAGGUUUUGGUUUAAAUAGACUUUAUAGAGACGAUCGCCUCUGCAGAAUCAUUUUCCCCUUCAGAAAACACACAUCCUGUCUCGAUUGACUUUACAAAUGUUUAAGGAUUGGAUCGUUUUUCAGUAAAUUAUGUCUUUUCACGAGCAGAACAAGAAAGAGAUGAUGUAAUCUAAGGUAAUAUCAGGAUAUGAAGAUAAAGUCAGAAAAUGUGCUUCAAAUAUCAAAGCUUUGACAGUUCAAUUUGCAGCAAUAGAUUUCAUUAUGAUGGUGAAGGGUGUGAGGGUCCUCGGUAGUAUAGGAAAGUACAGCUUGUGUGUAAGAGCAUCUCCGGCUGAGCUACAAUGUGGGUGCGUGAGUGACAGUGAUGAGGAGAUGCAGGACAAUUUCAAGCUGCUUCUUGACACUUUUCCUGCCUUCAGCCUGUGUGACGCUGCAGCCGGAAAAGCAUAAACUCAUUAUGAUGAGCCCACACACACGCACAUACACACACACACACACACACAUGCACAAACACCGGACAAUUUCAGCUUCUAUUCAGCCUCCUGUACCUCCCCUCUCCUACAUACAGUCACACACACAUUACAUACUCCAUGAUGGAGCUGUCAGCUUCAGGGUACCAGAGGUGACGACUCCUCUCGUCUGCAGCUGACGUCCUCCUCCUCUGCAGCCCAGCAGCCUCCACUUUCCCCAGUUCAGGCAGCGCUGAAUCAACCUGCCUGUUGUUUGCUCUGCUGCUGUGGUUCGGUUUUCGAAGCAUCAAUCAAACAGGAUAUGUUUAAAUUGGGAUAUCAGCUUCUUAUUUCAUCUGAUUGGUUUUGUGUUAGCUCUGUUGCAAGACUUUAGCAUGGCUGUCCUUCAGAGGGAGAGUGUGUCAGAAAACAUCAACAGUAUUUCAGUGACUUGCUCAUGUUUGAAGCGCUUUCAUCCCCCAGAGUAAUCGUAGGAAGUGAUUGAAGCAUAGUCAAGUUUAAAAUUACCCAAAUUUUACUUUUAGCAGCCCAAAGGCAUCAAAACACUGACUAAUGUGGCUUUGAAGAAAGUGGGCCAGAGUACUUUAAGAUGGAGUUGGAAACCAGAGAUCAUUGCAGCCAUGAAAAGUCUUGUAUGAUAAGUGUAACUACAGCUCUCUGCAGGAUGAAGAUACUGUUUUUGUCUAAUGAUGCCUUAAGAGAAUUAUCAGGAUUAUACCUAGAUCCUCUUUGCAAACAGGUCUGCUUUUGAUGGGAUCUUGUCAAAAAUGUAGUCAGACCCUAAAACAACAUCGGAGCCUGAGAGUGGCAAAAACAAGAAGUUUGAGCAAACAUAUUUGACUGAGCUUCGAUCAUUUUUAUGUAAGGUUUACAGCAAGUGGAAGCUGUUUGAUAAUUUAGAAUAAUUAUAGUCAACAGGGGCCAUUACAAAACUUCUUAGGUCAUCAGUUAUGGAGGUUUAUGUAUAAUAUUUUUUUAAAAAGCACAAGGAGGAUAUGAUCUUUAUCAGUGGUUCUCAAGUCCAGUCCUCGAGGCCCACUGUCCUGCAUGUUUUGGAUGUUUCCCUGCUCCAACACACCUGAUUCAAAUGAUCAGCUCGUUAUCAAGCUCUGUAAUGGCUCAAUAACGAGCUGAUCAUUUGAAUCAGGUGUGUUGGAGCAGGGAAACAUUCAAAACAUGCAGGACAGGGGGCCUCAAGGACUGGAUUUGAGAACCACUGAUCUAUACGCUCCAGUUGGAUAUGAUGGCCUACUGCAAGACUUUUUAUGUCACAAUACAGUGCAACAAUAUAUGACACAAUACGUAACAAUAAAAUAUGAUACGCUAUGAUAAAAAACGUAACAAUACAAUAAGUAAUAACAAUAUGUACCGAUACUAUAUGUAAUGAUACAAUAAGUAACGAUACAAUAAGUAGCGAUAUGUAACGAUACGUAACAAUAUGAUAUGAUACGUAACGAUACAAUACAAUAUAUGUUAUAAUAUACCACAAAAAACCAUACAGCAUGACAUUAAAUGGCAGGAUAUGAUACAGUAUUAGACAAUAUGAUAUUGUAAGCAUAAUCCAAAUUGUUAAAAGAUAAACGGACUGUCCUUUGUUUUAUAUCAUUUUUUCUUGAAUUUGCAGACCACUUAAUUCCUUUUACUUGUCACAGUCACCCAUUCACACCACAUCCACACUGCUGGGCUCAGCAAGCAGGGCCAGUUCGGGGGGUCUUGUGUCUUGGCCAAGGACACUUAGACUUGUGGACAGCAGGACUCCAGGAUUGUACUAUUUACCUUCCAACUAAAAGAUGAUUUAUUUAACCUUUGAGCCACAAAUGCCCCUGCAAUCUUAAAAGAAAAUAUAAUAAGCUGUAAUACCAUACUCUGAAAUAGAAUAUAAUAUAAGUAAUGAUACUGCAAGAUUUAUUAAGAUAUGAUACAAAACAGUACAGCAUGAGAAGAUACUAUAGAGUAAAAAUUCUUUUUUCCUUAACCUCAGGUCUGUUUGUCAUAACUUCCCAGGUAGUUGAGUGUCAUUUUAUGUUACUCUUUCAACAACAAAAAUAUUGACACAUCAUACAAUAAAAUGUUUGAGUUCAAUCAAAUGAUCACAAACUUUCCCCAAACAGCAGAAAGCUGUCCCACUGAGUAUUAGAGUUGCAGCCACAGAGCAUUUUUCAUGGUCUGUAUUUGUAUCCUCUCUGCAGAAAACCUGAUAGGACCAGGAUGUGCUUAGCUCAUGGUUUUGCGUGUCUUUGUGUGUUUCAGGUCUUGUCGUAUCACGCCACCGCUGCAGAGGAAGAGUCUCGGGAACUCCAGGUAACCGCGGUAAAUUAAAGUUUAUUCAUUCAAUAAUUCACACUCACAUGACAACAUGAUCAGAAAUUUUUGUUGAUGCAUGGAUCAUUUGAUAAGCAGCUCUGAUGACGCAGGUGAAAGUUGAAGGAAGCAGAGUUUGUGUGAAUGAAGUGCAGACAUGUAACACAACACCACACUGCUGAAUCUGCACCAAAGCCUGACAACAGUAACUCUAUAAUGAUGCUGUCUGCACAUGUAAACAAGAUCAUUUUCUUAAAGCGAGUGGUUUUUGUGUUGGACUCACGGUUUGGAUCGGGCAUCACCAUUUGGGCACAGAGGGAUCUCCAGAUUACAAGAUUUAAAGCUCCUGUGGGGAAUCUUUAAGGUGUUUUAAAACAUACUGAAAUCAACCCUAAUAUCUGUAAAUGUCCUAUCAGAGCAAAUGCAGACACCUGGAAGAGGAUUAAUCAUGUCUAUGUGGUUGUUAUUCAGGUUUUUAUUAUGCAAAAGCAUUUUUGGUAGUAAAAACGUGACAAAUGGAGGAUCACACUUAUCAUACUUGAAAGGAGCGAUUUGUUCUCAAAGGCCACCAUCACUUUACCAACAAAAGGGUAGAGCAAGCAAGCUUUAAGCUGCAAACUGACUGCUAGAUAGAAAGAAAACAGACAAUUAGAAAAUGAAAUGAAACAGAACAUUUGACAUUUAAGAGAACGGCAAAGGGAAAACUAUGGAGCCAGUGAGGUGACAUUAACUUUUUUUUAAAUUUAAUUUCCACAUGCAAUUUAGCAUCCUGAACGUGCAUUUUAUUUGUAUCUUGCGCAUGUGUUUUUGUAAAUAAUCUUUGGCGCACCUCAUUUGUGAGAGAAGGACAGUGUCAGAGACAGAGAGCAUAUUAUCAACAUUUUCUUUCAUUUAGUUAUGACUCACAAAGAGAUACUUCAUAGCUUAGCCACAUUUGGUAUUGUUUUGAGAAGGAGACACCUUAUCAGGAUCCUUUUAAUAGCAAACUCAAAACGUACCUUUUAAGUCUUGCUUUUAACUAAAUUUUAUAUCAUUAACUGAUAUGAUGAGAGGAGAUUAUAAGUUCUGAACUGAAAUAUAAUUUCUGAAAGUAUGAAUAUUUAGAAUGUUUUUCAUUUUUAAUGCUGAAAAAUGUAUGCUUUGACCUUUCCAUAACUCCACAUUCUGUGAAAUAUAAUUCACGAUGUGAUAAUACGAUGCUGCCAGCUUGAAGUUCAAAGAAAGCGGAGGCAGGAAAUAGAUUUAAUUGAACAUAAUAAAGAUGUAACCGAUGUAUGCUGUGUUUCAAAGAGAGAGCAGACAGGCUGGUUUUUUGGUCUCUGAUUUUGGAGGCCGCUUGUUGUGUUUAUCAAACGCAGCGUCAAAGCUUUCUUUAUGAACGAGCACUCUGCUGUUAUUUUAAAGGAGCGUCUUAAACAGCAGUAAAUAGUGAAGCCGUCAGAGCAGAGCAGACAGCCUUGCAGAGAAACAGUGAAUAAUGAAGAGGCUACUUACCUCACCAUGUUUUAAUGAGAGCGUUUUAAUUUAUUCCUCAUGUAAUUGUCCCUCAGACGUCUCCACACAGUCGACUCCUCCGCAGUUCAGACCGCUCAUCACUCUUACUUUAAGACUCUGCUUUAUCAAACUAAUGUCUGUUUUCUAAUCAUAGCUUUUCAAAAAAAUCCUUUAUAAGAUUGAACAUGCGUACCUCAUAAGAUUAAUAAGCCACAUUAGUUUUUGGAUAACUACCGCAGAGUGGGCAAAGAGAUCCAGUGAUCUGUAGCCGUUCUUAUCAUGCAAAUCAAAAAUUAAAUAAAAGCUUUGAAUUUCAUUAAAAAAUCUAGAAACAAAGCAGCAGAGUGAUCAUUGAAGCAUUAACCUCCACAGGUUCAGAACUGCAUAAGGGGACCUUCAAGUUUUACUGUAGGAUACAACACCUGUGUCCUUUUAUUGUGGCCAGUCUAAGGCACACCUGUGUAAUAAUCGUGCUGUCUAAUCAGCAUCUUGAUAUGCCACACCUGUGAGGUGGAUGGAUUAUCUCAGCAAAGGAGAAGUGUUCACUAACACAGAUUUAGACAAAUUUGUCAACAAUGUCUGAGAGAAUUUGGUCUUUUGUGUACAUAGAAAAAGUCUUUGAUCUUUGAGUUCAGCUCAUGAAAAAUGGGAGCAAAAACAAAAGUGUUGAGUUUAUAUUUUUUGGUCAGUGUAGUUAAAGCACUGCAAGUACUGCUUUUAAGUUUGAGCUUAUAUAAAUCAGUCAUAUUGAAUACCUCUGAUCUCUUCAGGAACACCCUAAAGCUCUCUGAUGAUAAAAGCAUACAGUUUUCCUACCUUGACAUGUACACUUUGUUAAUUUUUUCAUCCUGCAACCCUGAGAAUGUGGAAGGAUAAAAGCCUCUGCAUUAUUUCUGCAGCCCACUGCAAGCAUCUGCAAAGAUGCAUGCAAAAACCAGUCCCACUCCUUAAGCAGUUUCUCUUAUAUGAUAUCAGACUGCUUCAAUAAAAGGCUCACUGCAUAAAGCUACAAUCAGACUGCAAAACUUAAACAGUUCCCUCUUUCUGUUCCAGUUUUAUGUAUAGUGUAUUAGGGCUGUCAAAAUUGCUCCAAAAUGAUGUUUGAAUAUUCGUUCUUAAAGUAACACAUAGGUUGGAACAUAUACGAAUAUCUAGCUUUCACAGCUUGCAUAUAUAACUUUAUGUCUCUCAGCAUUUUUUCCAUCUAAUGUGUCUGCCUAAAAUCUCAAGAUUUUCCAAACGGAGCUUCUAAAGUUUAUUGAAGUCCAGACCACUCUCUCAGAGUUUGGCUCCAUAUCCUGCCAGCUCCUGUGACCUGUCCCUGACCCGUCCUUACGGUGCGCUCACUCGCAAAGCAGCCACGUUUUUUUGUUUUUUUUUUCAUUUUUCUUUUUUCCCCACUCAGUUUUUUCCCCCAUGUUUAUUUAAUAUUUGAAUAUUAAUUUUCAUAUUCGAAUCUCGUUUUUUUUUAUAUCCGAAUACAUACUCGGAUUUAGAGUAUUCGUUAACAACCCUAGUAGUGUAUCAGCAAAGAUUUGUUUUGGUGUUUUUCCACGUCUAUCUGCACCAGUCUGCAUUCAUCCCUUUACGGCAACUUUCAGGCAGCCAAUCAGCACAGCACCUCAUUAUCAUAUCAUCCCCGCCCACUCAGAUCACUGCAUAGAGAAUUAUGUUUGAAACUGAGAGGCUGCAGAUCCUCCACAGAGGCCGAAUUUCUGUUAUUUUUAUAUUAACCUUGCUUAAAGGGCUACAGGGACAUGUUGUAAACAGCUAAAAGUAUUGUUAAAUGGGAUUUUUGAGGAAAUAUAUGAAACAUAUACAUAUAUGUGAAUAUGUGUAACACCAAAAUUUGACUGAUUUGAUGGUCAGAAUCGUUUUUCAGAGAAUAUUUUUGGCCUCAAGUCAUGAGUUUAGACACUUAAAGUGACACAGUUUCACACAAAAUGAAGAAGCAAUGCCAUUUCCGCCCAUAAGGACUUUGUGUCUUUUGAAGCAUCUGGAAGGAAAAUUCUCAAAUUUGCAGGAUAAAUUACAGGGUAAAAUAAAAGGAUUGUAUUUGGCAGAAGUUAAAGCCUUUGUACACAAAUCCACCCUCUCUGUGCAGGGAGUAAAUCUCAGGAACUCUUUGAUAGACUUAAAUUAAGGCCAAAUAUUCUGUUUGUUUCAAGGGCAGUAUUUUCCCUUUAAAAGUCUUUAUAUGCAAACACCAACCUUACUUAUGCUGUCUUUUUGUGGAAAACACUAAACCAGUCAAACUGUAACCAGUUUUCAGAGGUAAACAAAAGAUCAGUAAGCAAAGCUCUCCUGAUAUUUUGCAGAGCCUCUCGUAUUUGGCCUUUCUAUGUACAAAUUAUUUAGGGCCCUCCUUGCACCCAGACCAUCUCAUAAUUGUUUUAAUUAGUUCACUUGUAUUCAGCCGGUUCCUGACAGCACUCAGAGGCAGCCUCCAAACAUAGAGCAUUUGUGCAGCCGGGCUUUCACACCACUCACCGCCUUAACAAUGACACCACCUGAUGUCUCAAAAGGUCCUGCUCUCCUUUCCUCUCCUCUCCUUUGGCGAGGUGGCUGAACUAACAACAUAACCUGAUUAAGUGGUCUCCCUCGGGUGUCAGAGAGGGAGCGUAUCACUGGGUAUCUAGGACACAGCGCUUGAUUUUUUUUUAGGUGCAAUCCGCUCGAGUGGUGCUAAAGUGCAUGACACAUAAGAAGCUGAAACUGCGCUGUAAUAUUGGCUGAUAAAUAUGAUUGGAAAUCUGUUUGAUUGUGUCUGCAGGUGAUCCAUUUUCAUAUCUGUGGUGUUCUCACUGGAUCCUGACCCUCCCUGAGUUUACUCAUAUUUGUUUUUGUGUGUUUGCAGAUGGCCGCGGUGCCGUCAGCCCAGUCAUUACGUCUCCUGGACUUCAGCUUCAGUGACUUUGACUUGUCAGACACUGAAACCACGCUGGGUACGAUACGCAUGUUCAUAGACCUCAACCUGGUCCAGAACUUCCAGAUGAAGUACACGGUAAGAACCAACAGAGGAACAUGGUCUUUCCUCUGCAAACACUUGAUCGGUGAUGAUGAUGCAUAUUUUGGUUCUCAGAGAGUAGAUUCAAUGUUUUUUAAUCGACUUCAUGACAUUUAAUUAGAUUUAGAGCAGCAUUUUACCCUCGAACCUUCACUGUCCGUUUUCCAUAUUUAGUUACAGUGACAGUAUGUGCUUUAUUAUUCUGUAUUUGGUUGUGUUGUCAGUAUUUGAUCAAGUUCUGUUGGUACCUGGGUGGGAUGUGUGCAUUUGGUUAUGUUUUCAAAAUUAGGUUAGGUUGUUGGUAUUUUAGUUGUCGGUAUUUGGUUUUAAUAUGUUUUUGGUUUGGUAGUCUGUAUUUGUUUGUGUUGUAUGUACUCUGUUCAGGUAUUGUUUUGAUGAAGUUCAGAUAUCUGUAUUGAAGUUAGGUAAGUGUAUUUGGGUUCAGUGUGUAUGACUUGUGUGGUCUUUUCCAAUAUGUGUUGUCCAUAUUUGGUAAAGUUGUGUGUAUUUGACUUUGCUGUAUUCGUGGUUAGUCUGAGUUUCCUGUAUUUGGUUUGGUAGUCUGUAUUUGUUUGUGUUGCCUGUACGUCUACAAUUAUUUUUUCUAUUAAGUUCAGGUGUCUGCAUUAAAGUUCAGUAACUGUAUUUGGGUUCAGUGUCUGUGCAAGUUGUGUUGUCUUUCCCAGCAUGUGUUGUGUGGAUUUGACUUUGUGGUGGUAUUGUUUGAGUUUUCUGCUUUCGGUUUGGUCAUCUGCAUUUGUUUGCCUUAUCCAUUAAUUGCUCAGAUAUUGUGUCUAUUAGUUCAGAUGUCUGUUUUUGUUUAUUUAUUGGUUUAAUAGUCUAUAUUUGGUUAAUAUCAGUAUUUUGUCAGGGAUUUUUUUAUUUGAGUGUAUUUUCAGUGUCUAGAUUUGUUGUCUGUGUUACUACCACAACUGUUUGGUUUAUUCUAAAAGGACCAUGAUCCCCUUCCUCUUUUGGUCCGGGUGGUAUGAACGCCCAAGCGAACCAAGCUCUGGAUCAAACAAACCGACCAUGGUCCUCUUGAAAAUGCUGGACUCUGUCCCCUUACAAACGAACCAUAGUCCGGUCCGCGGUGGGUGUGAAUGCAGCGCUGAUGCAGCUGGACUUUUUAUAUGUCAAUACAAACCAAUAACAUAUUUACACUGUAUUCAAGCCGGGUCAUUAUGCUCAGCUGGAGGCUGCAGCAGACAGAGAACAGCCAGUCAAAAAGACCAGACUGUCUGUAAAACUGGACAAAUGGCAAAGGGGUUUGUGUUCUAAUACAAUAGUCUGGUGAUAUUAAAUACCUGGAUGUUCUUCUGUUCAACAAACACGCUGACACUGUGUUAUCUAGGCAUUCCUUUGCAUUAAUGCCUGGCGUCUCCUUGCACAAUGUCUCCGCCACCUCCGGUGAAUUGCGUGAAGCCAGACGAAGCCUCUUUUUUAACCAUUUGGUUGGCUUAGCAAUAGUCCCAUGUGAACGCUAACCGGACCAAAUGCAAAAUCCAACAAUGUAAACAUUUGGUCCCUGAUCUGGACCUUCUAAGCGGACCUUGGGUGAGAAAGGCCCCUUAGUUUACUUUCAGUUGAGAUUUCUCUAUCUGAUUAGGUUUUCUGCACUUGCUUGUUUUGUCAUUAUUGGAGUUGUGUGGGGAUUGUGGGUUUGGCUUCGUGAUGGUACUGUCUCCUGUAUUCAUCGUCUCUUUUAGUGGUUUUUGUUAGUGUGUUACUGUUUUUUUUAUAUUCUAUGUUUGUCUCUGCUCAGUAGUUUGUUUGUUUUGUGUUACUUUGGAUGUUGUGAUGUGUCAUUUGCUGUUUAUGAGUCCAAAAUUGAUGAGGAUGUGUUCUCGGUAUAAUUUUGUUUAUUCCACAGUGCGCUGAGCUCUCAGGGCUGCAGUACAGUAUCAAUCAAACUGAUGUUGGUUUAUUAUUUUAAGUAUGUUGUUUAUCUGUCUUUGCAAAUGGACUCUUUCGUCCACAAACACAAAGGAGACAAAGCCUGCAUUACAUCGCAACUGCGUAAAUACACACAGCUUUAUCAUUGUAAAAGGUAUCGUGGCAACACGGGGCCACAACAAAAGAAAACAGCAACAUCAUCGUCCUGAUGUGACCUUUCUAGCUGUUGUUCACGGUGCAUGUCAAGAGCAGAUUCUUGUUUCAUUAAUCGAUAACAAUCUCCCUGUCAACGGCAUCAGACUGCAGGUACAUGUGUGUAAGUGUGUGUGUUGAAAAAUGACUGGAUGCAACGUAAGUGAGACCACACACAGCAUCAUACAUCUUAAACUCUAUCCCUCUGCUUCCAUCACCACCGUCUGUUGGAGCCUCGCUCUUCAUGUGCACCCUCCGCUUGGUUGUUGCCCUCCUCUGUGUGGCGCUCACAUUGGUACACUGACCACCCCGGAGCAUCACAGCCUGAGGGUGAAGUUUACAGCAUGUCAUGAUUAAUACUUCACUCUGAUAUAUUAAAUGCUGCAGAAUCAGUCAUUACAAUCAAAGUGUAAUGAUCCUGUGGAGAAAAUGAAACCUAGUUUGAGUUCACAUUAUCUCUGUGUGUAAUCUUGCAUGCACGCAGAGCAGUAGAGGAUAAUGCUGCAGAGAGCAUUGAUUAGUCAGCAGGGCGCUGAGUGUGCACUCUGAGAAAAGCUCAACAUCCUGUGAGUUCAGCUCAUCACUAAUAGUUUUCUUGUUUAUUGCUGUAUUCAACUAUGCACAAACUCUGAAAACUAACAAAAAUGUUUAGGUAGGCUGCAUGUGUGUACUUUAGCGUGAACUUGGCAUGAGCUGCAGAAAAAGGCUGCAGGAAAUAACUCAGAAAUGUCUCUGCAAGCAAGAAGGGCUGCAGGUGUUAGUGCAUCCAAAAUCAGCAUGCUAAUUUCUUUGUUUGUUGCUUUUUUUGUCCCAUUCAGCACACUAUAGUGAAGUCUUCUUGCUGUAGCCUUUGUGGAAAACAACCUUAUCACAUGCUUUCUGCAGGCUUUAGUUUAGCCGAACAUCUUCACGCUGCAGCUUUCCUGGAAAUUAACAACAUCACUGCCCUUUUGAAUGACAUAUUUUGUUAGAAAAAAAAAAAAAAAACCUCCCAGAUGGCUCGAGCCAAAAGUAUUUCAUUUCUAACUGAAUUAAAAUAUCACCUUAGUUUUUUAAGUUUGAGCCACAGCCUUCAAGCUGAGCAUGCAGUUGCAGCUUAUUUAUUUUAUUUUAUUUCAUUUUAUUUAUUUAUUUAUCUGACUGAUGUCAGCAGGUGACUGAAACACAAUUUUUAUGGAGCGUGGCCAAUUGCUGCAAACCUGUGACUUGGAGAGAAGGAAUGUGGGAGGUCAGCACUUUCUUAUCAGUCAUGUCUUACUAUCACAGGAGCAGUAGUAUCACAGGACCUGUCAGAAACAGAGAAGAGAACCAAAGUGGAGCUCCUGAAAAGUGUAAAUGCUGUAGCAUCAACCAGGAAUCCCUGGACAUCAAGGGAAUAAUUAUCUAAGAAUAGCUGCAGACUGUAUUUGCACUGAUUUACAUGCAUUUUUACAUUCACCCAUGCAUAUUUCUUGUUGUGCAACAGUCCCAUCCUUAAAGCAAGAGCAAGAGAGAGAAAGAAAGGAAAGUUAAAGAAAGAAAGAAAGAAAGAAAGAAAGAAAGAAAGAAACAAACAAACAAAAUUUAAAGAAAGAAAGAAAUAAACAAAAUUUAAAGAAAGAAAGAAAGAAAGAAAGAAAGAAGAAAAGGAAGAAAGAAACAAAAUUCAAAAGAAAGAAAGAAAAGCUAAAGAAAAAAAUGGAAUUAAGUAAAGAAAACAGAAAGAAAAGUUAUAGAAAGAAAGACAUUUUAAAGAAAGAAAGAAUAAAAAGUUUAAGAGACUGUUUUUUGCAGAUUAGGCAUCUUGAACUGUCCUAGCUUUAAAUUAGAGUCUUUCUACUGUGAGUUACAGCAGCAAUACUUUAAAUUAUUAACCCGAAAUUUAAGAUCAGAAAGUAGAUUUAAUUGCAUUCAUUUCAUUAACUUAUGAGUAAACUAGUAAGAUCUUCUUCACCCAGUUCUUAUCAACUUAAAACUGUUUAAAAUGCUGAACAGUGGAUUCUCAAAUGUGAUGAAAAACUGUGAUUUAUCAACUUAUUUAGAUUCAUCAAUUAUUCAUGUUUUCAAAAAGUCAAGCAUGUGACGGCCCUGACAGCUUUUAAUAAUGUUUUUAUGAGGGGGAAGUAAACCUUCUUUCUGCUGUGCUCUCUCCUGCAGAGUUUAUGUCAGUGGGUUCUCAGCGUGAAGAAGAACUACAGGAAGCAUGUGGCCUAUCACAACUGGAGACACGCCUUCAACACGGCUCAGAGCAUGUUCGCCCUGCUGAAGUCAGGACGCUUGCAGGUGUGUGCCGCCACCAGUCAGUUUUUAGGAUUAGCUGGGUGGUUUGAAUGAAUUCAACCUGAAUUUAGAGGAGGAUAUCGAAGCCAUGUUGAAGCCCAGCUCUGAGAUCUCAGCUGUGGGUGUGGAAACAGCUUUAGUGUCUUUGCACCAACAGUACCAACAACGUGCUUGCAUGGCCAUGAUGCUUUUGUUUGUGGCAGCAGAAUUCCGUCUGUUCACCAGCUGUUGUUAUGUGAAUGAAAUUUCCUCAGCGUGUUUAUUUGCCUCCAUCUCUCCCUCUGUUUUCAGAGUUACCUGAGUGAUCUGGAGGUGUUGGCUCUGAUGAUCGCCACAUUGAGCCACGACCUGGACCACCGAGGAGUCAACAACUCCUACAUACAGAGGUGAGCGGAAGUCUUAUAACUAUUCCGUCUGAUUGUGUAUGAAUGUGUGGGAGAAGACUACAUUUAUUGUGUGUCCUGGUCUCCAGGAGCGACCACCCACUGGCUCAGCUCUACUGCCACUCCACCAUGGAGCAUCACCACUUCGACCACUGCCUCAUGAUCCUCAACAGCCCAGUAUGUGCACUCAAACACACUCAUACACACACUUUAUGUUAAGGAGCUAAUUCAUCAGUCUUGUCUUGGCACCAUCAGUCUACCUGCAGGAUACUAAAUCAGGGAAAUAUUAGUCUUAAAUGGUUUUAUAUCAGAUAGAUUGUGCCACUGUUGUUCCAGAUGCACUUGUCUGAUGAAACAUGGAUCUAAUCUCAGUGACGUCACCUUUUGGUUUCUAAGGAUAAGAGAGAUUUUGAGGUGGUGGCCAUGUUCGAUAUGCAAACUGAACUAUACUUUUGUAAGACGUGAAGCUGAGACAACUCAGUGACUUUGUAAAAUCAAUGCAAUUUAAUGCAACAGGCUCUGUAAUUAUAACUCUUGUCCUGGGAAAGAAACAUUGUGGAUGCCUAGCAGAAACCUAUGAGGGGCCGUGUCACUUUUGAUUUAGUUCAAGUCUUACAACUGAAAUGCAUUUUAGUUUUGGUCACAUUUUACUCAUUUUCAAUAGUUGCUCUUGAUAGUUUUAGUCUAGUCAAAACAUUUUUAUCAGGGACAGAUUUGAUUUAUUGAGGGGUUCAGGCACAGCUCCAAAUGUCUUAGAGUCCAAGAAAUGCUCUUGGAUAGACACUCACUCUACUGCUCUCUUAGCCGCAUCUUCAUUCUUACUGAAGUGUUACGAUUUAGUGUCCUCAGUGGUCUUUAAAUUGUGAUUAUUACGUUUUCAUGCAAAAUCACGUUACCUGUGCUGUUUUCAAGGGCUUUUGUUUUGCAGAGCUCCAGUAGCUCAUUUGCAAUUCACUUCUGAGUCGAGGGCGGAGACAGCACUGCUCUGCACACUCCUCUUCACGCUAGCUUGCAGCCUAACAUUGCGGUGUACAAGUAGUACAAGUAGCAGGUAACAUAGUAACUAUUCAGCUCUCAGACACUAAUAUCUUUGGGGACAUGAUGAGAAUUCAUAUCAAAAUUAGCUUUCUUACGAACAUUGCAAUCCACUAAUGCACACGCUUGUUCCACGAUUGUUCUCUCUACUUCUCCAAGUCUGGCCUGCAUAGCGGGGCUCUGGGGGUGGAGCUUGGAUUUGUGACGUAUGAAAUCUGACUGAAUCUGAGCCUGCCGUUUGGGUCUGACAGAGAUUCACAGUGAUUUGAAUGCGGAAAUACUCAGAAAUUCAUUUUCGUGCUUACUUUUCCCAUGAAAUGUCCUGUAGCAUCAGAAACGUGCCCUAUGAACAUGUAAAAACCAAGAAAAACAUGAUUUAUUUUAUUAGUGUUGGUCUUAAAAUUUGCUCUUAUGUGUCUCUAAACUAGGAUAAAAUGAGGUUGACACCAAGACUGAGUCAAGAGUCAAUGUUCAGUACUUUUCAUUUUAUUCAUUUAUUAUUCUCACAGUCUUAUUUUUUUUUAUUUCCUUCUUAACCUGAAUAUUCCAAUGUAGCUUUUUUUUGUCAUGUUCUUAUUUUCUUAUUUACACCCUGAUUUAAUCUUCCCUGUACAUCCACAUUUAUGUGAAUAUCUUAAACAGAUUUAUCCUCAAUAGCUCUUCAGUGCCUGCAUGGAUCUGAUCCUCCUCUUAGUCAUGCUAAUGAUGACAUUAGCUGGCCUUUCACAGCUGCAGCUCGUUCAGUAUGCAGCAGCUGAGCUGUUGGCCAGCUCCACAAAGAGGUUUCAUCUCCUCCUGUCCUGGUGUCCCUGCACAGCUCCCUGCCAGACUCAGAAACGUUUAAAAUGUUCAUGCUUCAAAGCUCAUUUCUGUCCGACACUUGAUACAGCAGGUCAGAUCAGCUGAAGGUCUGUAUCAGUGCUGGCCUGUGCGCUCUCUGGUAUAGAAGCCAGAAACCAUCAUACUGCCAUAAUAGUUUAAUUACUGCUUAUAAUGCAAUAAACAUUGAUAAGAAUAGGAGAUUUAGUUGUGGGCGAAAGCCAUAAACUGCUCUCCACCUAAAACAAGAACUUUUUGAUGGAUUUUGGCGCCCCCUGUGGACUCAUAAAUCCACAGAGGGAAGGUUCCCCUGAGUCUGGUCUGAUAAAAGUAAACUUUCCUGCAUUCUUGUACCUUCAUAAACUAACUUUUUAUGGUGUAAGACUCCUUUGAUGGCUGAAUUAUGAUGUUAACCUUUACGUUUGCUGUUAUCAGUGACAUGUAUGUCACAUAAAGCUGUCAUCAGCACUUCUGAACUGGGUCACAACAAGUCAGGGUCGCUGGCUCUUCCUCCACAGACCCAACAGUGAGCUAAUGUCUGUCCAAAGACCUUAAUGCUGUUUCCUGCUCGCUGCAGCGUCCUGGAUCUCUCUCCCUCUUAUUUAUUAUGCCUAUUUUGCUCAUUUUCCAGCUGCUAACCUUUCAAAGAAGACUCUGAUGGCUCCAUAAAACAGAGUGACUUACAGCCCGCUCUGAUCUUUAUGGCCUUAAAACAAACUCUAAAUACACUCCUGGCUCCUCGACACCACUUAACCCCUCUGCUGCUGCAUCUUUAUUCACAAACUGCUGUGCUGCAGCUCUUGUCAUAUGCAGGCUGAUCAGCAUUAAUGCAAACACACACUCUGAGCAGCACUCGAAAUGAAGGAAACAUGGAAUAAUAUGUCGGCGGACAUGCUAAUGAACACUCAGGGUGUGUGGGCAGGAUUCAGUUUUUCAUUUAAGGGUGUUCAUGCUCACAGGGGCCUUUUCACAGACCCACUAACACCCUUUCUGCUCCUCUCUUCUGAUCCUUUGUCUCUCCAGGGAAACCAGAUUCUAAGCGGUCUCUCUCUGGACGAGUACAAGGCCACUCUGAAGAUGAUCGAGGGGGCUAUUCUGGCCACAGACCUGGCACUGUACAUGAAGUAAGUACCAAACGUCAAGCCCAGAUGCUGAUCUGAGUGGAGAGGAGAGACAGAGUAUAGGAAGUCAGAUAGGGCAAAAGGAAGAGAGUGAAGACUAUUUUAGACACAUGGGUUGUAAAUAUAUUCAUCAGGACCAUAUAUAGUUUUUAUCUUUCUGGAGAAAACAGUCAAACACUCGCAUCUCAUUCAAUCAAUGUUAAUUUUUUUUUUCAAACAAAUUCAGACACCCUGGAGAAGUUGUUCCAGAUAAGUGGACCACAGAGCCUGAUUGAAAACUGACUGGUUCUGUGGUAUUGGCUGUGAAGAAGAUCAUCAGGUUGAGUGGAGUUACAGUGAAGCUGAGACCUUCAUACAAAAAAAGCAGUUAAAGGAAAUAGGAAGUAAAUUAUGAAGAAAUUAAGAAACACAAAAGAGCCAGCUUUAAUUGAAUUAGCAUCAAAUAUGUUUAAUAACUGGAGACUUGGAAAUAAGGGAAAGCUUUUUCAGCUGGAGUUAGUGAUAAUCCUGAUGGAUUUUUUUUUGGUAAUAAAACAUUGGACACAUAUGAUCUUUGUUUUUUUUUCAGCUGAACUUGUCAUCAAUAAUAACACUUAGGCAUACAAGUGACAUACAAGUACAUUGUAAGUAAUGACAAUGCGCUGAAUUUGACCUGAGAGAGUUUUGUUUUGGGGUUUAAAGAUUAUAUAAGUGCUCUUUUGAUGGUGAGAGAUUGUUUAUUGUGUUAUCAUGUCAAAUUCUUUUACAGAUAUUAACUUGUGUUAUCUUCAUCUACAACAAAAACAUGAGUAUUAUCUGCAAAUACAAUGAAAAGAGCUAAACCAUUAACAUAUAUAUUUGAUGAAUAGAAGAGGGCUAAGUAUUGAGCCCUGUUGUACACCUCAAUGUAUUUUAAACCAAUCAGACUUGUUACCAGUGAUACUGAACGUUCCGCAGAAUCUGUAUUGUUAAUCAUCGAGGAGGUUAUUGUUCUUUUAGCAGUUAACUAAGUAUUUCUGAAAAACAAGGCAAUAACAAAAUAGGCCUGCAGUUUGAAAACACUGACGUAUCAUCUGUUUUGGAUACUGGUGUCUCUUUGGCCCGUUUCAGCUGGUCAGGUACCUGAGCUGGGGUGACUCCAUUUCCAGAUGUGUGGAAGCCUGAUUAUCACUGCUUGCAGCUUUAAUUUCUGUGAUGUUUUCAAACACUUCGGUAACUAUCUGAGUUGCCAAAUGAAGCUCUCUUGGUGGGCCUACUUGGUGGUAUUACAUUACAGAGAGUUUUACAGCUACCAUCCUGAGAAAUCUGCCGAAACAAGUUUUCCCAAAUCAAAAAAUAAGGAUUUUUAUUAAAAGAUUUGAUCAAACUUUUCACUUUUCACACAAUUUACCUGGCUGUAUUCUUCCAGUCUCUUUCUUGCAUUCAUCUCUAAUUUUCCCCACCUCUCAAACUCCUCCAUGUUUCCACUUAUCUCCCUCACUGAUUACAGCUGUUAUCUCAUCCCUCUUUCAGUCUAGACGGUGGGUGGCAGAGGAGGAGAGUCGGUUAAAUAUGAGGAUCAUUAUCCGCUGUGUCAUUAUAUGUGCCCGUGUGUUUUCAGGAGGCGGGGGGAGUUUUUUGAGCUCACCAAGAACAGCCAGUUCGUCUGGGAGGACGAGAAUCACAGAGACCUGCUGAGGUAAGCAGCAAUCCUCCAUAAUUUAACACUGACAUACACAGUUACAGCAGGAUCAAUAUUAGAGUCAGAGCUGAAGUCGGGACAUUAAAGAGAUCGAUUUUCCUUCUUAUACCUCUAACUUUAAAAAUAUUAUCUUAAUCUUUCCAUAAACACACAGAUAUCUCUGUUGAUUUGCUUAAUUUGAGUCUAUGUUGAUGUUUCUCCUCCAGGUCAAUGCUGAUGACUGCAUGUGACAUCUCAGCCAUCACCAAACCCUGGCCUGUGCAAAAAAGGGUAAAAAAAAAAAAAAAAAAACAUUUCAGUGACUACUUUGUUCUAAUUUCCGUUAUUAUGAGUGCAUUUUUCCUUUUCUUGUUUCUUCAUUUUGUCAUUACAUUCAGUGUUUUUUCCACUCAAACACUCUGUGACCUGGCGCCUGUUUACACCAGACCGUAUUUAAACAGACCCAGUGUAAAGAUGGGAUCAGACUGAGCCCCAUCCUAUAAGAUCAGACCCACUAUCAUCCCAUCUUCAACCACAUGACUGAAACACUUUAUGGCAUCUAUCAAGUUACAGUGGAAAGGAAAAACUUAGGGCUGGGAGAUAAACCGAAACUUAAGACAAUAACCAACAUUAUUUUGCCCAUAUCCAUAUAUUUGGUGUCAAAAAAAUGAAUAAAAGUUGGUUUUGGAUAUGUGUAGGUAGGCUAUGGUCUCAUGUCCCUUUAAGACGCUGUCCUACGUCAGAGACGUGACUCCACCCCAUCCAGUCUGUAACGAAGAGGAAAAGACAGGUGAGGAGAUGGAGGACGGUUCAAAAGUUGGAGUGGCUGGAGCGGCGGCUAAAGUAGGAAAAGUUAAUGUGGGAGGGAGUGAGCAGUAGUUACUGUCCAUUUAUCCUUAUCAAAGUGAACUGCUCAAUAUAUUGUGAUAUUGAUUUGAGGCCAUAUCGCCCAGCCCUAGGAGAACUCCCUUUAACAGGCAGAAACCUCGAGCAGAACCAGACUCAUGUUAGACAGUCAUCUGCUGAGACUCUGCUGGGUUUAGAGAGGGGAUAAGAAAGCAGCUGGGAAGCAGGCAGGUCCACAGAAGCUAAACAUCCGCAGCAGCGAUCCAGAGGAACCUACAGCAUGAUGGAGCUUAGGGACUCCUAGAAAAGACUGUGUUCGUAAUUCUAAUGGGACAUGAUGGAAUCAUGACAAGGUCUAUAAUAUACCUGCUGUGAUCAGACCCCAGCUGCUCCAGCCUGUUUCAUGGCUGCAAGCCGGAACAACCUAUUAAAUCAGUUUUAAAACUUUUUGUGAUUUAACCUCCAAAAUAUACGAGCUGAACUAAACACAAACAGUUUCUCCUGAAUGCUCUCCUUACCUGACCUCACCUGUCCCAGAGUGGUCCCUGCAGUUCUCCUCUUGACUCUGCACCUUGUUAAGAGCAACAGCUACAGUGAAAGUCAAGACAACACACACACACACGGACAUAGACACACACACACACACACACACACACACAUAAACUCUGUGCAUGUGUGUGUUGACAGGUGAGAGCUCAUUAAUAAGAGCAGCUGUGCUCCUGUCCUCAGCUGACACCUCUGAAAACAUUGUGCACCGUAAACACUCACAUGCAAAUAUUUCCUAUUAAAACACAUACACACACACACACACACACACACACAUACUUCAUCCUGAUCUAAUGAUCAAACUUUGGCUCUCCUCUGCAAACACCAAAGGAGAGAUUGUUUCCUCUUUAAAUCCUCCAGAAGUUACACAAGUUUUUAACCUUUCACCCUCCUUUAACAGUUUGGGACCAAAACGUCACUGUUAGAUGAGCUGGUAGCCAACAAACAGUCCUUCAUAUAGUACCUCAGGUGACCAGUGAACCCGACCACAUCGAUCACAGAAACCUGGCUGGAGUUUGUGCAUGCAUGCAUCCUCCAAAACCCUCAGUUUGAAGGCUUCCAUAAACGCAGCAGCAGCAGGUCUCUCUGCUGUUGUUGGAAGUCUAAUGAAGCGGUCCGAACCACUGAGGUUGUUUUGACUGCGAGCGAACCAGCUCCAGUGUGCAGACAGAAAAAUCUCUGCUGUUUUGACAGACAUGAGGGUAAGUAAAUAAAGACAGAGCUAAUUAGCCUCAGCCAUGAACGCUGGCCUCAUGCUAAGUGUUGGUUUUAGUCGGCUAUAAUAGACCCUCUCUCUGGCUGAGUCCCCCUGCAGCUCCAGAACACUGAGCCUUGAUUACACACUCAAUCAGAGAGCUGCAGAUGGCUUCGACACACACACAUACACAUGCACACUCUUUCUCUCUGAUGCAAGUUGGAGCUCCAGGCUGCAGUCAGAUCUUAUUCUACUCUAUGUAAACAGACUGACUUCUCCCUCUUCUUGACAUGUUCUUAAAUUCCACACUUCCUGUUUCUUCAAAAUGCUGCAUGUUUGUCUCGCUGCUCUUUGAUGGCGUUGACUCUGGCGGCUGCAGGAAAGUCAAGUGUCCUCGGUCCUGAAGUCAGCCUCCUGGGAUGAUCAUUAAAACGCUUCAUCUGAAUUUCAAAGAGCCAAAGAUAUGCCAGAGGGUUUCUGGGGUUAAGCACAACAAUGGAGGAGUCAUGAUCUGCUUUCCAAAGUCGUGAUUUGCUCCUGAAACAGAAAGACGUCAAACAAGGAUUUAAACAUGAUGUUGAAAGGGGAAAUUGAGGCUGAUUUAUCCUUGAUUCACCUCUUAUGAUAAUGGAAGAAAUGUGGUCUAAGAUCUCAGUGGUUCUAAGGAUAAGCAUUGAGAUAUCGUUCACUAGACUGCAGAAUUUAUGCCUUAAAUUUUGCAUGUUUCCACUGCCAUGUUGAUCUCUUCUGGAGCAAGAAAAGACAGUAAGGAAUUGUGCAGCUCAGUGGGUAACCAGUGGAAAACCAGCAUGCACCAGUUCAACCUGAUAAACCAAUCUCUUUGUUACAACAUCCUCCAGCAUCUUUGUUUUUGUUUCCCCUGGAUCAGAUUGCCAAUGACCAUAAUGUAUAAUAUAACUGUUUGCAGAUGACAUUCAAUUAUACUGUAUAUCUAUUCACAUUUCAGCAGCACGUUAAUGCAUGAAAUAGUUUGAAUCCAGUUAUCUUCCUGUUAAAAGCUGGAAAUCUCAGACUUAAUGAAACUCAAAAACAGCCCUGGAAUUCUCUCUUUUUAGCCAUCUCAGACCCCUUUAACAAAUUUUUAAAACCAGCUCCAAGAAGCCCUGGUAUUUUUUCAGUCCCAGCUUUGCGUUGUCAUAUUGUUACAGAGGAAAAAAUGUACUAAUUCAGUUUAUUUUCUCUGUUGCAGAUUGCUGAGCUUGUAGCCACCGAGUUCUUCGAGCAGGGUGACAAAGAGCGACGGGAGCUGAACAUCGAGCCCAGCGUGAGUGCACUGUAUCUUUUCGAGUAGUGGUGUGCCUCAGGGAUCUGUUUUGGGUCCUUUACUUUUAAAUCUCUUGUAUGCUUUUGCCUUGCUGUUGGAUGUAAAACGCCUCGUUUCUGAUUUAGCUGAAAUAUUUGUGACUAUCAGUGAUAUGACUGUAGAGUUUUUGGAUGACUUUUGGAGUUAUCAGUGCUUAUAGAAGUAUCCAAUUACCUUUUUACACUUACUUUAGGACGAAACUGCAUGUGCACUGAAUUAAUGACUGCAAAAAUAUAUAUAAAACUGUAAAUAGAAAAAAAAAGACUCUGCAAGGGUUCAAUUUUUUAAUUUUUUUCUGCACUUGUAUGAUAAUUGUGAUUCUGAUUUGUAUUGAAUUUGUUGCAGUCAGUUUUGUUGGCAACCUUUUCAUUCUCUAAAUCAGCUCCCUGCCGAAAUCCUCUGAUUUUACACUACUUUAUUUGUACCCAAACUUCUGAAAGAACAUGGAUGGUAAAUGCAAAUAAUUCUCAAUACCCAAAGUUGUGUUCAUGUGUCAUUUUUUUGGUCUUUUUCUCUUUAGGAUCUGAUGAAUCGUGAGAAAAGAGAUAAAAUUCCCAGCAUGCAAGUGUCCUUUAUAGAUGCCAUCUGCACUCAGUUAUAUGAGGUAAUUUAACUACAUAAUUUCACAUGUCGUAACUGCUGAUUUAUUGUCUGGAAGUAACUUGGACUCAGAAGACUUGUUUUUGGCAGAGACUGUUAUUCAAAUGUUCAAAAAAAAAAAAAAAAAAUUUGUCUGUUCUUGAAACCUUAUCUGAAGAAAAACCAGGAACCGAGUCAGCUUUUUUGUCUGAGCUUUCAUAUCUUAUUCUUCCACAUGCAAAAAACUGAAGCCUGGCACUGGUACUCUUGAUACCGUUGGGUCAAAUCCAGAGCAAAGAAACAAAACUUGUAUGAAUCAUAAUUGUCCUUUUUUCUGUCUCAGACCUUGGCAGGAAUGUCGGAGUACUGCUCCCCGCUGUUGGAGGGGUGUCAGAAGAACCGGCAGCAUUGGAAACGUUUGGCCGAGGAGUGUGAGAAAGGACUGGUCAACGGCUUGGUGUGAUCAACACGCUACUUUCACAAACACAAAUAUGCGGGGUAUAUCCUGUCAGGCACAGUCUCACAAAGUUUGAUGAAAUCAGCAUGACACUUCAAGGACUUAAAAACAUGCUUUGUGCAUAAAAGGACUGAAGUUUCACCACAGUCACCAGCGACAGCCUGUUUAAAUCUCGUGUUAACAUUUGUCAGGUUUCCUCUCUUCUCUGCUGCACAGCACUGCAGGAGCCUCAUGCGUUAGUAGAGUUGUCAGUCAUGGCAUCAAAUUCUCCCCUAAACCAAACUCCUCAGAAAAAUGCUCUGCGUAAAUCAGCGUAGUAAGAAACUACAAGAGAACUAUUAGUUUGAUGCCCAGUGCCCCUGAAAUUCCAGUUUAUGACAAGUUUUAUCUCUUUACACAAAAAAGGGGCUGAUAUCAACCUGUGCGCAUGGUAUGUUUAUCAUGCAAGAAUCAGUUAUUGCCUUGUGCAUGACAAAACUAUUUUUGUGUGCAUAAGAUAACAACCAACAAGAGAAUAACUUGCACACGCAAGAUAUUGACUUCUGUAACCUGCCAAGACUCUUUUUUUUUUUUUGCAAUUCUCCCAUACUCUAAAGUAGGGCUGGUCGAUAUGGCCUCAAAUCAAUAUCACAAUAAAUUGAGCAGUUCACCUCGAUAACAAUAAAUGGACGAUAACUACUCCACAAGCUGCUCACCCCCUCCCACAUUAACUUCAUCUGCUACAGCUGCGCUCCAGCCGCUACAGCUUUUGAAUCGUCCUAGCCUACCUACACACAUGGAAAAACAACUUUUAUUUAUUUUUUUGACUCCAAAUAUAUCGAAAAUUUAUAUAUUGUAAAUUUUCAGUAAAUUACAGUCGGUAAAUUUUUGGUUUAUCGCCCAGCCCUACUUUAAAGCCAUCUCUGCCUUCCCACUGUUUCUCCAAGGAAACUCCCAGGUUUAAGCCUUAAAACAUAAUCAUAAAAUUGAAGCACUUACCAUUAAAACCAGUCAGAGGCAGUGACACACAGGGCUGUUUCUGUGCCAGUUUUCACAUCUUUAGUGCAGCACAUAGUCUGUAAAAAACUAACAAUAAGCCUUCUGAUGUUACAGGUUUGAAAGGACAGUAAAAAGCACAGCAGAAAAGUUGACCAAAACUCCCAAAAUAAGUACCACAGCUGUCAUAUCUGUUCACAUGACCCCCCCGGAAACUAAGCCUGUGAAAACAACAGUUCUGUAGAUGGUAAUCUUUCUUUCUGAAGUCAUGCUCUUGUCACUGAACUUUAGUGAGAUCGUCCAUCUGUCCUCACUGUCCUCAUGUCUGUCACUCACAGAGAACAUACAAGUCAGCACUAAGCUAUAUUUAUUACCAUGAAGCUUUUAUUUUUGCACAGAGUGGCUUUCAUCCUUAACUCUCCUCUCACACUCGCACCGUCUCUCACAGGCUCAGAUUCAGGAUACAGAGGGCGUAUUUAAAUACAUUAAUUUUACAUAGUGUCACUGUACAAUGAUAGCUUUGUUAAUAUGUCUUCACACCACACACACAGUACCUGAGUUUGAGUCUUUUGUAACAUUUUUCACUCAUUGUCGUAACUAUUGCAUAUUUAUUUUUCUUUUGUAUAUUUAUUAGAAUUUCUAUAUUGUACGGUCAGCCUUUUAUCCAGAGCACACAGUUCUUUUAAGAGGAAAAAUGUAGUUUUCAUACUCUUCAACUAAAGUCUUCUUUUUGAGGGACCUUUCUAACUCACUCCUCUGUCAGAUGACAUUUCAAAUGUAAUGUUUGUGUUAUUGGAUUUUUCUAAAUGUAAAGGAGCCAAAGACUAGGCCCAAAAUUUCAAGAAGAAAGAGGGUCUAGAUUUUUCCACUGCCUUGUUGUGAUACGAUAGGACCAAUUCACAAUUAAAAGAAGGAAACUCUUACUUGUCUUACG